AUGGUAAAACUUGCCAACCCACUUUACACAGAGUGGAUUCUUGAAGCUAUACAAAAAGUUAAAAGGCAAAAACAGAGACCAUCUGAAGAGAGAAUUUGUCAUGCUGUGUGCGCAUCCCAUGGAUUAGAUAAGAAGACUGUUUCAGAACAGCUGGAGCUAAGUGUCCAAGAUGGUUCUAUUCUCAAAGUUACCAACAAAGGCCUUGCUUCCUACAAGGACCCAGAUAAUCCUGGGCGUUUCUCAUCUGUUAAACUGGGUGAGCUUUCUAAGCCUGCUAAAGGAUCUAGGGGAGCUUGUAAUGAGCUUCGGAAUGUGGAUUGGAAUAAACUUCUGCGCAGAGGAAUUGAAGGGCUCCAGGAACCAAAUGGCUCAUCACUCAGAAACAUAGAAAAAUACCUGAGAAGUCAACAUGAUCUUGCAGGUAUUUUCAACAACCCUGUGUUUCAACGGAGAUUACGAUUGGGGGCCAAACGCGCUGUAAAUAAUGGGAGAUUAUUGAAAGAAGGACCUCAGUAUAGGGUGAACUAUGGUAGCCUGGAAGGCAAAGGAACAUCUAAGUACAAUUCUUUUCCAAUGUCUCUCCCACCUGUCAGUCUUUUGCCUCAUGAAAAAGACCAGGUAAGUGUGAAAAGAUUAUAUCAAUGCAGGCAUGUUCAUUUGGGGGGUUUCACAGGAAGCAUUAAUGUGUGUUGCUUAUAUUUGAGGAAGUUUCACUUUUCUAUUAUUAUUAAGCUUUAUUGCCUCAUUUAGAGAGGUUUUCCUUAAUGUUUUAAGAUUUUUUUAUUAUUUUUAGGUGGGCAGUAGUUCUAUUUGAGAAAAUAAGUGUCUUGGAGAGCAAUUGGGCUCUGCUGCUCUUCAAGAUUUGUGCCAAUUGAAGCAAAUGUAUAAAGUUUGGAAAUCUGAAGAACCAUAGUCUUCUACAUGUGUAAUCACCCCACCUCAUUAAAAAUGUGUAGCUUUGUAGAUAAACUAUGGGCUCUUCAGUGAUUGAAAUUUAAUUCUUAAUUGUGCAGAAAUUGCUGCUACUUAUGUGAUGUCAUUGCUACUUGCACUGCGGGUUGUGGUGUGAUGGGCAAGAAUUUUGGAAUUUGUGUGUGUAUCUUAAGUGUAAGAGGAAAUAACCCUUUUUAGCUUUUGACACCUUGAAGAUUCUUCCUAUAUUCUCAUUUUCUGUCUGUUCUAGAGUAUCCAUUUCUGUUUGUUAUGUUACACUUCAUUCCAGCUGAGGAAUCUAAUGGAAUACUGAAUCCUUUAAUGCUGAUGGUUUCUCUCUGUGAUAUUUGACUGGACUUAACCGUCCAGGGGUCCUUUACCUUUUACCUAUCUACCUGCUUCACACCUGAUGUCAUAUAUGCUUAGGUAUAGGGCCUGUGGGCAUGACUUAGCCAAAGCAGCCUUACAAGCACAUGCAGAGGCCUGGCAGGCAUGGUUAGGUUAGGGCAGGCCCUAAUUGGGUUCCCUUCCCCUUGCUGUAGUGGAAGCAAAGGAACCUUAGAAUUAUUUCAUCUUUUGGCAUUGGAAGGGGAAGCAUGCACAGUUCUUAUGCCUAUAUGUUUUCCUGUCUGCUGGGAAUCGAAACUCCAGAAUGGCAAUGUCUGGGUUGGAGCUGUGGCAGAAGGGUUAAGAUACCUCCCUACCAGGAGUUGACAGUUGUUGCUGGCCUAAUCAUAUAUAACAUCAGGUGUGGGGCGGGUGACUGGUUAAGGAACAAUUGGGACCUUAGGGUGAACUUGUGAUGGUUCCUUUGCAAGCAGCACUUACUGUCAGUGUCAAUUAGCUAAUGUAAUAAUGACAUCAGGCGAUUGACAGGUGCCAUCAGCCAAGUGGGGGGAGGGUUAAGGAUCUGGCCGGCCGGAUCCAGUUCCCCACCCCUUCCCUAGGAUUACCUCUGCCUCACUAGUUGAUUGUGCUCUACGAGUUUGGCAGGGAUCCUUGGUGGACCAUAGCCAGGAACCAAAGAAUAGCAUAACUAGUUUAUACCCAGGCAGGCUUUGAACUUAUUGACCAAAAGCUCCCUCUACCACAAAUGGUACCUUGAAGUUCCCUUUGCUUUACAAAACAAUCUAUGAUAAGGUGGAAUGUGGUAUGAGCUUAAAUUCAAGCCCAUCUUUUAUAAAGCCAAGUUAGAAAAGCUAUUAUAAAAACAAAUUUCACUGUUUAAUCUUCAAGCCCAAUAUGGUAAAAACAUGAUCAUUUCACACACUUUCUAUGUAUUGUUAUACUUGGCAAGGAAACACAUUUUUACUGAAAAUCCACAAUAUGUGUCUUGUAGUACUAUGAGGCUUCUUACUUUAACUGUUAAGUUUUAUUCUUGCCAGUUCAUUUAAUACAAUAGUGGAUAAAUGGAGGACCACUUGCAAUUUUGGUUGGACCGUGUGAUUCCUGCUGAUUGCUGGCAUUUUGCAAAGAAUGUUGGAUUCAGGAGUUUUAAAAAUACAAAUUUGCAUAUGGUGUAUUUUAGUCGUAGUCUGUGUAUUGUAGUUUUGCACUUCCAUUAGUUCACCUUCCCCCCAUGUUUGUGUAUAUGUGUGUGUGUGUGUGUGUGUGUGUGUGUACACACACACAUGUCAGUUUCCUUUGCUUUUUUAGCAAAGCAAUAUUAUGCUCAGGGUGUCCACAUAUAAAUAUUGUUCAGAGAGGGUACAGUUCAAAAUCCUACAGAGGAAGUGGCUGCAACAAUAAUGGGAAGUGCUAUGUUCCCUUGAGCAGUUAUGAUGACACUGACUCCCAUGUCAAAAUGUAAAAUGUAUGUGGACAUUCUUGAAGUCCCAAGGAAGAAAUGAAAUAUCCCAUACCUACUUUCUUUUUUUGCACCUUAGCUAUACUGCUUUAAGAGCAUGUAGAAUUUAGCUAGCAGAUGAAAUAGUGUGGUUUGGCAUAUUUAUACAGCUUGCACUUACAUGUUAUACACAUGUGUUAUGCAGGAACUUGGCUUAAAGCCAACUUUUGCAGCUGCCAAAGCACAGCAUAUAAUUAUAUAUUUUAAUGGAUGGUAUGGACUUAAGUGAAUAUCGCUUUGCACACAUUCCAAUUUUAUUGUGUAAUUUUUCCAUGUUAACUCAAAAGCACUUCAUAAAGCCAUGAACCUUUUUUACCUUACAGUAAAUGAUCAUUCUUCUUUCUAGAUUUCAUAGAAUCACAGAAUUGUAGAAUUGGAAGGGAUCCUGAGGGUCAUCUAGUCCAACUGCCUGCGGUAGGGACCCUGCCAAUGUAGGAAUCCCAGCUAGAUCAUACAUGACAGAUGACCAUCUAACCCCUUGCUUUAAAACCUUCAAGGGAGGAAAGCCCACUACCUCUUGUGUAAGUCUGUUCCGCUGUUGAACAGCUCUUACUCUCAGAAAAUUCUAACUGAUGUUUGGUCGGAAUCUCCUUUCUUGUAACUUCAUUACUUCAGGUCCUAGCCUCCAGAGCAGGAGAAAACAAAUUUGCUCCAUCCUUCAUGUAACAGCCCUAUUUGGUGUUGGCUAUUCUAUCUCCUCUCAGUCUGCUCUUUACCAUGCCAAACAUACCCAGUUCCCUCAACUGUUCCUCAUGCAGCUUGGUUUCCAGACCCUUUAUCAUGUGCACACGUCCCAGCUUGUCAGUCUCCUUGUUAAAUUGUGCCCAGAACUGGAUACAGUACUUCAGGUGUGGUCUGUGAUCUAGACACUAUACUUCUGUUGAUACAGCCUAAAAUAGUAUUAGGUUUUUUUGCUGCAUCACACUGUUGACUCAUACAGUGGUACCUCGGGUUAAAUACGCUUCAGGUUACAUAUGCUUCAGGUUACAGACUCCACUAACCCAGAAAUAUUACCUCGGGUUAAGAACUUUGCUUCAGGAUGAGAACAGAAAUGGUGCAGCAGCAGCAGCAGCAGGAGGCCCCAUUAGCUAAAGUGGUGAUUCAGGUUAAGAACAGACCUCCAGAACGAAUUACAUUCUUAACCCAAGGUACCACUGUAUUAAGCUUGUCGUCUACUAAGACUCCUAGAUCCUUUUCACAUGUACUACUAGCAAGCUAGGUGACCCCCAUCUUACGUUUGUGCAGCUGGUUCUUCCUAAGUGUAGAACUUUCUUUGUCUCUAUUGAAAUUAGUUUUGCCCCAGUUCUCCAAUCUAUUAAGGUCAUAUUGAAUCCCAAUUCUGUUUUCAGCGGCAUUGGCUACCCCUCCCAGUUUGGCGUCAUCUGCAGAUUUGAUGAGCAUCCCCUAAAUUCCUUCAUCAUUUAUAAAGAUGUUGAACCACAAUGGGCCCAGGACAGAACCUUGUGGCACCCCACUUGUUACUUUUUUCCAGGAUGACAGGAAACUCUUAGUGAACACUAUUUAGGUUCUGUCAGUCAACUAACUACAAAUCCACCUAACAGUUAUCUCAUCUGAUCCACAUUUUACCAGCUUCUCCAUAAGAAUAUCAUGGGGGACUUCAUCAAAAGCCUUAUUGAAAUCAAUAUAUACUACAUCUACAGCAUUCCCCUGACCCACCAAGUUUGUAACUUAUCAAAAAUAGAAAUGAGUUUUGUCUGACAUUACCUGUGACCAAAACAUAACCUUCCCAAUAGAUAUAACUUUGUGGCUUUUAAAAAAGAAGUAAAGCUAUCAUUUAGGGCCAUACUGCAUGUUGAGUUGCAGCUUUCAAAUUUAUUUUUAUGAAAGUAGCUGCAGCUGGAGUUGAUCAGGGCUUUUGUAGUAUCUCUGAAACAAAUUCCAGCCCCAGUAGUUUUUAGCCAUGAAGGUGAAGACUUCAAACAAGUUUUAAAACCUUAAACCCUGCAAGUUAUUCAUUCUGUGCCAAACAGCAGAUAUUAUUUUUUUUGGGGGGGGGAUCUUGUCCACAUCUUUACCAUCCUCUCUCAACACUGUUAUCCAAAUUCUGAUCUCUGGUGCAACAGCUUUUAUAAACUAUAAGCACAGGUAAUUUGGACCGUAGACAAUGAAAUACGGGUGUCUAACCUUAUUUAACUUCUGGUUCAUGGUUGUCAUGAUUGAAUGAAGUUUAUAUUUAACCUGUGGUAAGUUGGAAUUUGUUUAGAGUACAGACUGGAAUUCUGACUGUCUUACUUCCAUCAUAUUUGAAUAGCAAGAGCAUUUUCAGAGGUAAUAAUACAAAGAUAGACUUAACCUGAUUAUUUUUACUUGAAAAAUACUGGAGGAGGAAACAUUUUCGAAAGGUUUUGAAAUACUUUUGAAAUGUUUCAGAUAAUAAAAUUAAAUAAAAAUGGUAGAGGUGGGAGCUUCUUAUGUUUAAUGUGAAGCUUAUUAUGUUAAGCUGACUUACAAGACUUAAAUAUAUCAUUUUAUUCAUGACUAAUUUUUAAAGAGAAUUUUGCCUUGGGAAUUCUUACGUUAAGGUCAUUGUGUACAAAGGGUAGAUGACACAGCUUUGGUGUUUCCCUUGUCUCUUUUUAAGUAUAAAAGUUUGCUCUGUGUAGUUUUUAGCAGUGAGACUGGGCAUCUGUUCAGCAAACUGGAGUAAUCAAAGCCGCUUACCAAGUCAUUGGCUAAGGAUGCUUCUUAAAAUUUCUGCAGAGUUCAGCCUUUUAAAAAAGCUGUUGCUAAGAGACAAAUGUAUGCUGACAUGAGGGCAUGUCAGCAUGCUUCCAAUUGUUUUAGAAGCAGUUAGGCCUGUCGCUUUGCAGAUGGUAGAAACUCUCUUCAUAGUGGUUGGAUGUGUGCUGAUUAUCUCAUUGAAUUAAGGUAACCUUUUGUCAUUCAUUGAGGUCCUCAGCUCAGGCACUGAACAGCUGCUCUAGGGUCUCUCACCCAACAUCCUUCCCCUUUUGUAUGCAAUGAUUAUGCUAAAGAGUGUCCAGGCUGGUGCCAGGUAUUCAGCCAUGCACAAAAUAAAACUCCUUUUAACACUACUGUGUAUGAUUAGUAAAAAUGAUUUGCAGGGUCCUAUAUUUGGCUGAAUGAUAGAUAGCUCUUCCUCAAAAGAAUUUGCUAGCCAAGUAUACUGAAUGUCUUUAUCCAAAGUAAUUGUUUUUUAAUAGAAAGAUGGAAGGCUGACCUUUCCCUUAUUUGUGUGGCUUUAUGCUGCUAAAGUUCUCUGAUUUUGCAAUUUAUUGGUUCCAGCUGGACUGUCUGUUUUUCUGUAUAUAUUUGACUCCUCAUAUUGAACAGAACCAGUGCUACUAUUUAGAACUAGCUCUGCAAAAGAGUGCAGUACAUAUCAGAUGAAAAUGAAGUCAAUACUAGUGUGUUAUGUAUUGUUGUAUGGUAUUUAUUCUUGAGGUCUGGAAGAACCACACUUUAGUCUUAUGAGUGCUGAACAAUAAAGUAACAUUUCCAACUUCUGUAUUCUUUAUGAAGCCUGUAUAUUCCGGACUUGAGGAAAUGAACCUGUCAGGUUUGGUAAUAAAGCUGGCAUGCCUGAAAAGAAAGCCUUCAUAGUUAUUCAGAUGGUGUAAAAACAUAAACCCGGGCCAGUGUGGGGUGCAGGAGCUUACAAAUGGAUGUGCUUCCUAAAAGCCCCCAUCAGCUUUCAGAUUGACUAAGAUUUAUUUGGUGACUUGCUGCUUCUUUCCUUUCAAGUGAAACUGAGCAAAUGUGUCUUUUAUCGCACACUAAGUUUUUUUUAAAAAAGUGACUAGGUAAAGAUGCUUCAUAGCCACAUCCAAGUACUGAUUGCCCAUCCAUUACACAUGAGUGCAUUUACUCAAGGUAUGCCCUCAUUUGUUUUUUGGAGCCUACUAGGGCUAAGGGUGUGACGGAUUGCCACCUAAGCAGACUUGUGAAACUUUACCUUGUAAAAUUAUUAUUUUAACCUCUCCCCCCCCAAGUACCUUGAAGCGGAAUAAUCAAGGGCAGACAGAGCUUGUCAGCAAUUUUAGUUGCCAGUCCCACUCCCCUGGUACUUUUGCCAGCUGUCCACAAAGCUGUUGGCGUGAGCCAUCAAUACUUCUAGGAAUGGUGCAGCAGAUGUCUUAAGCUAGGCAAAAAGAUGCCAGGACUGGCUGAAUCAAGUCUGGGCAUUCAAUAAGCAUUUGCUCCUCUUCCCCCCCCCCCCCGCCAAAUACUGGAGAGUUGGCUGUGCCAGAAAUGUACGUGAGAGUGAGAACACAGUGUCUUAAAAGCUCCUUUAAUUGUUUGCCAAGCCUCCCCCCCCCAAGAUCAGAGAAUAAUAGUGUCUGCUCUGCAGGACUUUGCAGAAGCUUGGGCCAACACAUUGCAGUUGGGACUUAUUGGCAGUCAUGAGAGCUUGCCCGUGCUGGUUGCAAAUUCUGUGGAGUCUUUGCAAACAGGAUGAACUGCCACUUUGUUGUAUUCUGACUCUCUGUGCCAUAUAGCAGAGGUGGGGAAUCUUUGGCCCGCCAGAUAUUGCUGAACUAAAACUCCCAUAAUCUCUGGCCAUUAGCCAUGAUUGCUGUAGCUGUUGGGAGCAACAUCUGGAGGACCAAAGGUGCUCCACCCCUGCCCUGCCAUACAGGUGACAGGUUCCUGAUGCAAAAUGUUGGAGAUCAGAUUAAACAUAUUCUGGAAAUUAGAAGCUCUAAGUAUUCCCUCUCAGCUCCGACAAAUUGUUCUUUAUGUGCUUUUUAAAAAGAUCUAUGUUUGGACUUUGCCAUCAGUUAUGUACACUGAAGCACUGAUAUUAGUGUUUCGUGGUGCAAACAUUUUGCAGGAAUCAGGGUGAGUUGAUUUAAAACAAGGCAGUAUAAAUCAAUUUUCCAAUUUUCCUGAGGAAGCAUGCAUUCAAAUUAAAACAUUGAUUUGGAUCCAGACUUAGUCAUACUCAGACUUGUUCAGAUGAAUGGGUCUUGAGUUAGUCCCACUGAUUUAACUGGACCUACAUGUGUGUCUGGAUCUAACCCAUUGAUUUGUAACCUAAAUGUAUAUUUCAGAACCUUUAAUCUUGCAGCUCUCAUGCCUUUUGUACUGUAGAAUCAUGUCUUGCUCAUAAACAAGGCAUGCAUACAUGUAAGAUACCAAGACUGCUUACUGCUUAAAGUCUCAAGAUUCCAUUCCAUGUGCACCUUUAAUUAAUUUCCUUGGGGAGACCCGUUCUUGUGUUGCCACCCUACAGACCUCUCAUGGAGGAGGCACACAAAGAAAGGCUUCAGGUGAUUAGAAACAAGCCCCACUGAAUAAAGUGUAAGUUACUGCUGAGGAAAUUUGCAUAAGGUUGGGCUCUAAAAGGUGUCACACACUGUCCAUAAAUUAUAUUUGUUAAAUUUUAUUUUAUUUUUUUACUUGCUCCAAAAUUGCUUUGGGACUUUUAAGUGGGAAAUAAUAUACAAAUUUAAUAAACCUUCUUCAUGAGAUGAAAGUCACUGUGUGCUAUCUUUCGUCAAUUGCAGGGGCUUAGGUAGUUUGUCAUAAACUAGGAGUAAAAAAUCAUUCACAUAGGCUCAGUGGAUGAUCCUUGUGAGAUGCAGAACAUUACCUGGAUUUCCUGUCAUGGUUUGUUCGCCGCUGGCCCCAGCAUUAAGCUCUAAAGUGUGGACAUCAACUGUUGUACCGUGCAUGCUUUCCCCACAGCUUUUUCUAUAUAAAGAAGAGCAGCUUUUUUAAAAUAAGGAAACAAUUUCAGUUUUAGUAAAUUAAUAUAUUCAGAAUUCUUUUGAAACCAUGUUAGUUUUAUGGGACGGUAUUUAUAACUGAAAUAUGCAUCUGCUUUUACUUUUUUUAAAAAAAAAACCACCCUAAUUUUUUUUUUUAUCCACCCUGAUAGGAACACUUCCUUCUCAUAGAGAUACUUGGAAUGCAAGUAAUUUGCAGAAAGUAGCAAAUUUGAUUGAUUUGGAUAUCAGUGUCUGUAGGGACUUCAGCUCAGUGGUGGAGUGCAUGUUUUGCAUGAACAAGAUCCCUGAUUCAGCUCUUGGCAUUUCCAAUGAAAGGUAGCAGAGCUAGGAAAAAUAUCUGAGGCCCCGGAGAGUCACUUUCAGAGAAGAUAGCAAGUCUAGCACAGGACUGUCUAUCUGAAACAAUGGAGAAGGCAGUUUAAUAUCUUAAUAUCUUAAGAUAUUAAACUAUGAACCUAUGAACUCUUCCUGCCUUUUAACAAUUAUCAAAGCAGCUUUUAAAAAAAUCCUUUUCAUCUUUAGGAAGUGCUGGAAGGGGAUUUCUUCCUAUUUCUUAAGUUAACUAGUAAAGUGAAUGCCAUAAUCUUUAACAGUACAGUGGUGUGGAUUGAUGUACUUUUCAUCCUAGUUGGCAGGGAUAUUGUUGCUUUUGGCAAAACACUUUUAGCUAAUGACUGCCCUUCUGUUCUCUGUCCAAGGAUACAGAUUUCUAUGUAUAAAACCCAAGAUAGAUUAUCUAUUUAUUGUUUAUUAUCAUUCACCUUCCAUGCAUAUAUAUCUCAAGGGUGGUGUGUGCAAUAUAAUAAAAAUAAAAACUAGUUAAAAACAGCACAAAAAUAACAAGGUGGAUUUAAAAACAAUUCAAAAUACACACCCAUGGCAGAGACCUAUUCAUCCAGUUGAGAAAUCUUGUUGGGAGGAAAUGUAUUCAGUUGUUUCCAGAAAGUGCAGAUAUUGGGCGCCUGUCGUAAAUUGACGGGAAUACUGUUCCAUAGAACAAGGGCAGUCAUACCGAAAGCCCUGCUCUGAGUUACCAUAGAGUAGGUUUCUUAUAUCUUUGAAAUGUGAAGUAGACGCUCUUCGGCAGACUGCAGUGACCUACUGACUUAAUAUGAAGGAUAAGAAGGUAUUUCAAGUAACCUGGUCCUGAGUUGUACAGGGCCUUAUAUCAAAACCCUAAAUUUGGCCUGGUAGCAGAUUGGCAGCCAGUUCAAAUCCUGCAAGGAAGGAGUUAGAUGCUGGUGGUUGUUUGACCCCACAAGCAGUGAAGCUGCUGCAUUCUGCUUCAGCUGCAUUCUCUGAACCAAAUUCAACAGUAACCUCAAAUAGAGCACAUUGCAGUAAGGUUGAGGUUAUAAGUGCAUGGACAACUGCUGUUAAACGUUCCUGAUCCAGGAAUGGUGAUAGCUGUCUUAGUAGCUCAAGCUGGUAAAAGGUACUCCUAGCAACUGAGAACACUUACACCUCCUGUGACAUCCAUAAGAACUCCCAUACAAUGCAUCUGCACCUUCAGAGAGAGUGCAACACAGCUUCAUUGUGGUUGUUGUUUUUCUCCUUGGCCCCUCUGCUUUUUUCCCCCUAUUUAGUCUGAUGGGAAAGGUGUGGAAAACUUAACAGCAUCUUUACUAUUUUGUGACAUUUUGUUUUGCCUAAAUGUAUUGUCCUGAUAAGGAUAUUGGAACCUUUCUUAUAGGUUAACAUGUCUAACAACUUUAAAAUAAAAUAAAAAACUUUUAAAACCCUGUAUAAAUUGGUUUCGGCAAUUACUUGUCACUCAUAGACCUGCAAGAUUGAUAAGUGUGUUCCUAUAGACUACAAUCACAGGGGCUAAAUAUAUUAAUUUAUGGUACUUGAAGGUAAAUGAAUCUCAUGCUGCUCUUUAGCCUAAUCUGUUACUGUAAAAACUGUACCACUCAAUGUGUUUCUCUAAGUAAUUCUGUUGCUUAAAUCCAAUUACUGUACAGUGCUUUUGAAUUCAAGUUUAUGUUGGCUGCAGGGCAAAGCAUUUUGAGCCUUGUCAGGACUCACUUAGACUCACUGGUGUACAUUAUGUAGAUUGUUUUAAGAGUGAUUACUGUGAUUCUAGAGCACUUGGUAUACUGUAUUUAUUUUAAAGAAUAAUGAAACGAAAUAGAUUGCUUUGAAAGGCAAUAACAUUCUCUCAUAAGAAAAUGGGAGUGUAUUUCAUUACUCUCUGAUGUCACAGGAAUUCUUUGCAAAGAUUUUGUGAAACUAAUUUUCUAUACCUGGAAGAAAGUGAAGGCCAGGGUCCUUGAGAAGAACAAUGGGGGUUUAUGUAUUUGUUUCAACCUCCCUCCAGAAUUUUCCCUUUUUCCAGUGGAAAGUGAGAGAACCUUUUAUGAAACACUUCCUCUUUUAGGAGAAUUAAAAUGAUUUAAGGCAAUGUUUUAAAAUACUGUUUUCAGUUUGUAGUAUCUGUGUAACCCAGUUACUAUAUUGAGUACAGUCGUACCUUGGAUCCCAAACACUCGGACAUUUUGACUCCCGAACGCCGCAAAUCCGGAAGUGAUUGUUCUGGUUUGCGAACAUUCAUUUGGAACCCGAACGUCUGACGCGGCUUCCACAGCUUCUGAUUGGCUGCAGGAGCUUCCUACAGCCAAUCAGAAGCUGCAGUUUGGUUUUCAAACAUUUUGGAAGUCGAAUGGACUUCCGGAACGGAAUCCAUUCAACUUCCAAGGUACGACUGUAAUUGCAAUUCUUAUAUAUAUGCAGCUCUCAAAUACCACCACCUCCAAAUUUCUGCAUCAUGUGAAAGAAACUGAAUUCUAUGUUUUCCAUGUAUAAAGUUUUCAAACUAACGAAACACCAUGUGCAGUAUCACCUCCUGGUGUCCAUUUAUUGCAGAACAAAAACUUAAAUAUGAGCUUAAUAAAAAAAUAUACGUCACCAUAAGAGAUAUUUUUAACAGCAAGGGUUAUAAAAUAGUUGUGCCUUACUAGACCUAUAUCACACAAUGAAAGAAUUUUCAACAUUAAAACUCUAAAAUUAAUAUCAGCAACUUGCCUUUUUAUGUUCCCCCAACAAGACAUUUCUAAUCAGCACAUGCCUCUUUCUUUCAAGUCCUAAGUUUGUUACAGUAACAAUACUAACAUAAUCAGAAUCUAUGCCAAGCAUAACUGUUGUAAAGGACAUUGAGAGAGAUCAUAUACUAUCAUGCAAACAAUUACCAUUUUGAAAAGCAAAUUUUGAAACAAAAUAUACAAGGCAUACUUAAACUAACAGUUUCAUAGUACCAAGGACUAUUUUGUCAAUCAAUAUAUUAGUUUUGUGUUUGCCUGUGGAGUGAACUAAAAUGUUUCAUUAUGGUCUGUGCCUCAAAGAUCUUGAAUGUAUGCUUCGCUUCUCUGAUUAUCAUGAAGCUGAAGCUUGUUGUUUUAAGCUAGUACGGGCAGCAAGGAUUCCUCUUGCAAGAUCUUGUAACAGCUAUUCAUGCAAAAAUGUGGGUUGUGCUUGGACGGGCUGAGGAAAUUCUAGUACUUGGACUAAUCUGAUAUUGGCUCUGAGGCAAUUAAGUAAUACCUAGCAUAAUUGUGCAGGAAAAUUUGCAAUAAAGGAUCUGCACUGACUGCCAAUUUGCUACUGGGCAAAGGUUCAAGGUUUUAUUGUUAAUAUAUAAAGCCCUAAACAACUUAGGACCUGGUUAUUUGACAGACCACUUUAUCUCAUACAGCUGUAUUUGGUCACAUUCCCUUCUAAUACAUACCAUGGACCAACGCUUGUUUCUGACCCAUUUUUAUUUAGACAAUCCUUCAGUGAGUAAUGAUUCUGUUUUUUAAAUUUUGAUUUUGUAAGUCCUCCAUGAAAUCCACAUUGCCGAUUGCAAAUAAGAGAUCGCUCUCCUUUACAACAUUUGUAGGCACAUAUAUACCUUGGUCGUUGGUAAUGCCCACACAUAAUGGGCCUCAACUAUUUGUGUUUAAUAUUGAUGAUGACAUUUAUAUUAGAUGGUACCCAUGGGGUAAGCUCAACAACCUUCCUUUUCCUUGUAGUUUGGUGAAGUGACAAUACUACAGCUACCUGCUGCAGCAGGACACAUGUAGACUGCAGAUUUUUGGUAAUUUCAUGCUUGAACAUCAUGGCAAUAUGCAGUUGUGAUAUGCUCAUGGCUGCUUACUUCAUUUCUUUCCAAUAACAUGCCUUCCACCCCACCACAAACAAGCCAUUGAAAGAAUGAAUACACCUCUGGUGGAUCAUCCUCUUUACUUACAUCUAUGGAUCCCAUGAGCACUCACAUCUUUGCUUUAGUAAUAGAUUUCCAAAGGGGACACACUGCAUCAAACAAACACCUCAUAUUCACUUCUGAAAUCUUUGUCUUACAGGGGUUCAUGCUCACAUGUUGUUUUUCUUGCCAAAGUUUGAUCAAGGCCACAGUUGAGGCUGUAAAAGCAUGGAUUUCCACCCAGUGUUUUGCAUUUAGCAUCUUUACAAUUGUUAAUAUUGAUUCAAAUGUAGUGCAACAUUCCACUGGUGCAGUGACAUUUCCAAUGCUUCUCUUCUCCCUAUCUUUUCUGGAAGAUCCCUCAACCCCUUGGAGUGGAUUUUGAGAGCUUGCAGGGCUGCAGGAGGAAAUUUUAUUCUUCUAGCACAAGUCUCCUGUGCUAGUGGAACCGGGAGUGUUGUAUACCACCCUUAGAGCAUACCAUUAUGGUUAAUUUGAGUCAUGAAUGGUUGCUCUAAAAUCAUUAAUCAAGGAGAUGUUGUCAAUAUUCUGGACAAGGUGACCAUUUUGAAUGCCUGCCUUCUGCCGUCCAUGGGUAUAGCAACGUAUGGAUUCUGAACUACUGGGUGGCGGGAGGAAGCAGCUUCAAGAAAAAAGUGCUUCAAUAUUAUACCACAAAUUUCCCACAGAACCCACAGAUAUAACCUACUGCUUGACUGCUUCCAGUGCCAGGCAAUUUGUGUGUGUGUGUGUGUGUGUGUUAGUGGCAAAAAGAAAAGAAAGAAAUUUCUUCCAAAGACUUUGGGGGCAGGGUAGGCAGUUUCCCAGAUUUUUAAAGAUAUUUUCUGUCUUCCCUUACCUUAACCUUAAGAGGUGGGUGAGGCUGUCUUUUCCCCCCUCUCCCCCACUUUUAAAAAAGUAUGGUGGUCCUCUGUAUUUCCAGCUGCUCUCUGGUACUGCUUGAAAUGGGAGUUGCAAUCCAAAAUAUCUUGAGGGCACCAGGUUGGGAAGGGCUGUUAUCACUCUGUCCCUACCCCAGCAAAGUUUAGAUUACAAGCCACUUAGGGACAGAAGCACUAUACAAAUAAAAACAUGACUUUUAAGGCAGUGCAUACCGAAUUCAGAUCACUUUUCAUCUUUCCAUUGUUGUGGCAUGGAACUUCAUUUAAAAUGCCUGGUGUUUUAAAUAUAUGGUCCUAAGACCAAUUAAAAACUGCCUUGCAGAUGAAAACAAAAAGCAUGAUGGAUCUUUAAUUGAACAUGACAGCUGUUCAUUUUAAUUACUCCUGGAUCAAAACCGUCUUCCUGAAUGCUUGUUAUCAAGUGAUUUACCUAAGGAAAUAAGAUGAGUGAUAAAAGGGUUCCUAUGAAAAGUAACUGGUUUAUUUUCACUGGAGAUUCUAUCCCUUUUAACUUAAAAUAUAGCUAAGUUUGAUUGUCUCUUUUGUUAUUAAAGAACUAUUGAUAUAUUGUGCAAAGAAACAGUGCCCUCUCCUCUAGUUAUGUUGUGCAGGUUUCAUGACAGAUCCCUCUGAAAACAUUGGUAUUCCUGUAACCUUUGAGAGAUAUGUGUAGAGUAUAUUAAUGAGCACUACUUCCAAGUGAUGUACAGUAACUUCGUUCUCAGAUAAAAACAGAUGUGAAUGAUUCUGUUUUAAUAUUUAAUUAGGCUCUAGGCCUCUGUUGGCUUGUUUAAGCUGACCUGACAGUGUUAUACCUGGAAAUACUUCAAAUUAAAUGCUGAGUACUUGACCUUGUUCAAAUAGUUGUAAUUUAAUAAGGCUGAUACUUCUUUGUGGAAGUACCAUGGGUAAUGAGAACUGUUCUUUGGCAGGAUUUGCUUGCCUUUGAAGGGAACAAUUUGCUGCAUGCCUCUUUUUAAAGUUUAUCAUCUGAAAGGGUAGUAUUUUAUUUAUUUAUUUAAUGGAAGAGUUGUAGAGUGAUAAAGUGGCUCCAAAGUUAAGUUCUUGAUCUCGCAGCAACUAACACCAGAAAUGGAGAGCUUGUGGCCCUCCAGAUGUUAUUUUACUGCAGCAUCUGUCUUCCAUGCCGUUCACCAUGAUAGUUGGUGCUAGUGACACUUCAUAGAAUUGUAGAGUUGGAAGGGACCCUGAGGGUCAUCUAGUCCAACCCUUUGCAGUGCAGGAAUCUCAACUAGAGCAUCCAUGGCAGAUGGACAUCCAACCUCUACUUGAAAACCUCCAAUGGGAGAGAGUCAUGAUACAACAACACCGGUUGGGCCACAGUUUCCUCAUUCCUGAGUUACACACAUGGAAUUGAUGCCUACACACGGAAUUGAUGCCAGUUUCAGGAACAUUCUAGAGCUUUAGCCAGGAACAUGAUUCUCAUUCCUCCUUUCCUCAGGAGGCAACUUAAGCCAAACACAUACAUACAGCAUUGGCUGGGAUCAUUCUUUUUGCUUCUCAGCUCUUCCGUUAGAAGUAAUUGAGGAUUUAAGCUAUAUUUCUGUAGGAAGCCUUUCCACUUGUAUUUUUUCAUAUUUUGUUUCUAAUAUUGUUGGAACGUGUUCCAUAGUUUUUGUUUUGUUCUCUCCUUUAUCUGCACUCCUAUUCUGAGGCCUUGCCCCUGCUGCUCUUAGGAACCCUUCCCUGCCUGUUUCACUGUCCUAAACCAAAUCCCCAUCAUAUUUCUGAAGGGGAAGGAAGACUUGGGGUGGGAACGCUUACUGGAAACAGAAGAUGCUUUGCUAUCCUCUCCUUAAUUGGAAAUGAUGCUCCACUCAUCUGCAUUCUGAUUUUUCAUGAAAAACCUAAAGGGUUUGGCUUUUUCUUUUUGCAUUUUCCAGAAAUGUUUUGGGGGAAAUGACUGAAAUGAGCCAAAGGGAAGUUUGUCCAUCAUUAGCUAUGUCAGGUUGUGUCUGAGCUCUCUUUCUCAAGGUAGUUUUCUGCCAUUUAAGGGAAAAGGUUUGUUGGCAUUAAGUAUAAUUUAAUCCUUCUGUGUGGUUACUUCUCCAGGUUAAAUGAGUAGUUAAGCUUUUUCUAGAAUCUCUCUACUUUCGGCUGGCCUUUUAAAAUCAAUUGAAUAGUUCCAGUUGUUUCUGUAUCUUAAACCCUCUCUGUUUAUAUCAAACCUGUUGAAAUAAAAUUACUUGGCACAGUUGUAAAGGGGAUUGAAAAGUGUACAAUGUAGAAAUGCCAGGUGUGCUUUGCUUCUGCGGUUCUCUAGAGCUUGGUAGAACUGUUGGCUCCAUUUUAUAGUUUCCUUCAGUGUGAAUUUGUUGACCCAGAUGUAAGACAUCUGUAUUUUGGCAUUCUUGCAUUUCCUAAUAUUUCGCUGUUUUAUCACUCCUACAGUCUCACUGCUUUGGUGAGUAGUAUUACACAUCUGGGUAUUGCUUCUCCUUUCAGCUAAAGUGGCUUACAGUGAAAUACCCAAGUUUACUUAAAACAGUUAUUUGAAACAGCAUGUUUAAAAUAUAUCUGAGUAAAACCUAGUGAAGUAAGAUGCAAUCUUCAUUAGCUCAAAUUUAAUUUUUAUAAGUGUCUUUUAUGCUGAUUAUUGAUCAAUCAUGACUUUGGAAUUUGCUUCUAAUGGUUCCAGCUGUUGUGAGAAGAAAUCCCAAUUGGGUGCUUGCUUACGAACACAUGUGAAAUGUGUUAAAACAUUACUCGAUGUAUUUUUCCUGCUGUGGUAGGCAAUACAGAUAACAUCUGUAAACGCUGAUUAAAAGAAUGGUCUCCCUCUACCAGAAUUUAGAGAAUUAGCAUGAUGUAGCUUGACGGGAAUAUUCUUUAUUGUGCAUGGAGUGGCCUCUGUCUAUUGUUGGAAGAUGCCUUGGGUCUUUUUAAGAAGAAGACAUAGAAUAAAUCUAAUAAACUAAUCUUAAGUGUUAUUCAGAGCAUGGAUGGGUAGGAUCUAGCUAACAUGGUUCUGUAACACAAAACCCCUGUGGGGAGCUGUUGUGUGAGCUGAUGGUAUCAACAGUAUCUUGCAUUUGACAGCAGAAUGUCCUUGUUACUAUUGAUUGGGCUGCUUGGUCAAGUGAAAACACAUUGAUCUAUCCUUUAAACUCAGCUGUAUGAAAAUUUAGAGAUGUAUAUAUUAUGUCAUUGAACAGUGGGAGUUACAACCCUUUAAGAGCUUUCAUAGUAAAUCUAGUCCAAAUUGGUCACCUGGAAUAUGUAUCUAUAAUGAUUCUGAAUCAUUCUAUAUUUAACAUACUAAUUUCCUCACUCCUUUAAAAAAUGUGGCAUUUAAAAAAUUAAUAAUUUGCUAAACUAAAUGAUGGCCAAGCAGUGACUUUGGUGGAACUCACUGGGUGACCUUGGGCAAGUCACAGCCUCUUAACCUACCUCACAGGGUCAUCGUUGUAGGGAUUAACUGAGGAGGGGGUGAAACAUAUACUUGGAGAAAAGGAUGGGAUAUAAAUGCAAUAAAUAAGCUCUUCUGCUUACCAGCUUAAGAAAGCUAGAGGGGCCAGCCAGAUGGAGGUGUCACUCGCCAGCCUGGCAUCCAAAGAUCUCCGUGUAGUCCCAAUUGGACCUGUGCCAGUUGCAAAACAUGCCUGGCUAAUUUCUUAACACAAUCACAGGGCCAUAGUAAAUGCCCAGACCGCAGCCAGGUGAGGCAGCAGUGAUGAAGACAGACCUUGAUGUUUCUGUGUUCACAUUCCUUGGCUUAUUACUGAACACAACUUUUGCUGUUAGAUUAUUCCAGCUCUUUUUUCCAGGGUUGCAAACUUCAUCCACAUGUUACAACUGAUAUUCUCAGGGAUUUGUCUCUAAGGUUUUGUAUCUGAUAUUAAGCAGGUGUUGAUUAACCUCUGUCCUGUGAUGGAUCAGUUGCUAGACUAUAGUUUCUGUAUGGUAGCUGAGAAACUAUCCCAAAAGAUACUAUUGCAUGAAAUAUAAUGUCAGGUGGAUGACAAGUGUGCUUGUGGCUGGUGAAUUUUGAAAUACUGGUGUCCCUGCCCACCUUUUUAAUAGGCUGAAGUAGUUAAACUACGGUCCCUCCAGCGGUUGUUCCCAGCUCCUUUGAGCCCCCAUCAGUGUGGUCAAUGGUCAGGAUGAUGGGAAAUCCACCCCUGGUUAUAACAUCAACCUCACCAUUUGAAAUCCUUAUAAAAGGCCCUGCGUAGUAAAAGUUCAUUUGGUACUUUUAAAAAUAAUAGUAGUAGUCUCUCCCCUCUCCUAUACUUUGUUGAUAUUACUUUUCAGGUAUAGAUUUAUGUCUCUUAUAAAUUGCUAUGUUUGGCAGAGGAUGGAAAACAAGUCUGUAAAAUUAUGUAAUGUCUGAAACUUUGUGUUUAUGAUUAAUUAGGUUAUCAUAAAAUGUGUUUUUGUGUGCUGAAUAAUUGGGUCAUACUUUUUAUGUGCUCAGCUGCAGACUAAGGCUUUCAGCCUGGAUCUAGUUACUUUAGUAGGCUUUCUUGUUAAAACUGUUUUUCUUACUGGUCUUUGGAACACAGCCUUCAGUAUGUUCAAACUAAUGUAAUUUGAAUUAUAUUGACAUAAGUUCAUAAAUUGUGGAUACUGGAUUAGUUGGCUUAGCUUCUGUAUUGCUGUUUGAGUUUUAACCAAUCAUUUAUUGAUGUUGUAUUAAACUUGCUUUAUAGUUGUAUGCUAGUUGUCGUAGUUCAGAUUUUAUCUGGUCAGUAAAGUAAUUUGAAAUGCUCUGACAUCUGGUACACCAGCACAAUUCCUUCUGCCUAAGGGGUUUCUAUUUCAGGACAGCAUCUUUUGUAUCCAGAGAUUUACUCUGUCAUGCAUGAGAUGUAUUUUCCAAAAUAAGGUAACUAUAGUCACAUAGGUGACUGACUGGCUGUGUGAAGAUAAGUUGAAUUGGUUCUUUAGAAGAGUGCUGUGCUUUCUUAGAAUUUGAAUACACCUCAAAAAUCUACUGGGGGGAAAAAGCACUAGGUGUUGUUACCAGAUGUGUUUUUAAGCAGGCACCCAUCUGCUGAACACACAGAUUGGUCCAGGGCAUAGGAGUGAGGCAAUCUGGAAGAUAACUUGGCCCUAAGGUGUUUAUAAAAGUAAGACCUUAACCUUGUCCUGGUAGCAUAUAGGCAGCCAGUGCCCUUUAGCUGAUGGUAGGUAAUUUCUGUUACACAUGCUUUAAUAUACUGUCUGUUUUAUGAAGAUAUCUCAUUGAAAUCAUUGUUGGAGUUAAGGAAAUAUUUGACUCAAUUGGAUCUUUUAUUUCUGCAAUUAAUAGAUUGAUGGUUUUUUAUAAAAAAUUUGUAAAUACAAUGGGAUUAUGAUUGGGAAAACAUUGAUUUAAUAUUUGAAAUUCUGGCUUAAGUGGGGUGCUUUGAUUUGUUGAUAGGUCUUCCUGUCUCUCAGAGUUAAAAUGUAUAGUCUGUUCACGAUUCUUCUGCUUGUUCACAGAAAAAUCAUAGUAUACCUGUUUUACUUCCAUGUCUUCCUCUACUAUUAUAGCAUUUCUUUUCAUGGUUUUGUACUCAUUUCAUUGCAUGCUCUCUGUUCUUCGUUGGUUUUGCCUCUUCUCAAACACCAAUCUUAUUAAACCACCACACCAAUCUCCAUGCUUGUGUGCUCAUGAUUCCUUAUCUAUUUACUUCUCCCCUUAAAUAGUCAGCUUCCUCGUUUUAAGGAAUUAUUAACAAUGGCCUUUUCUCUCUCUUUUUUUAUUUCCCUCUUGAUACUGGGUUGGAUCCAGAGAAAUCUGUAGUUUCAGCAGAAUAUGACUUUGCCGCUCUCUCCUCUCACCCAGUGCCCCCCCGAAAAGACCUCUCUUGAGGGUUGUGGGACUCUGCUAAACUGGGCGGGCUGUGGCACAGGGGGCUCUACCAGAUAGUAGGAAGGGAGCUACUCUGUGGUGGCUCCACAGUUACAUAAUUUAUGAACCCAUACAUGUGAAAAUAGUUCAGGUGUAAUUUAAGAAUGACAGCUGCUGAUCUCUUUGUGGAUGAGGGGAAUAUUGUCUGGUUUUCAUGUAAGGAAAGAGAUAUUAUGAUGAGCAGCAGCUGCUGUUCAUGAACUUGUUUCUUAAUUUCAGUCUCCACAGCUAUUUCUUGGUAUUCAAAACUGUGUGUGUAUUAAAGAAGAACCAAAUGUUGACAGAUGAUUUUUACACUGAAGUUUUUUCAGUAUUCUAAGAAAAAGCACCAAACUGGUAUUAAUAUCUAGAAUUAGUAAACUGAGGCUAUAUUAAGGAUAUUUUAAUUCUGCAUUGCGAAACAAAAGCCUAACAUGUUUUAAUAAAAGAGAAUAACAUUUUGAGGUCACAAAAACAGGAAACAAGAUUCUGUAUGCAAGAGAACCGAUAAUUGAUUCAACACUUUCUUUCCCUAGCCACGAGCAGAUCCCAUUCCAAUAUGUAGCUUCUGUUUGGGGACAAAAGAAUCAAAUCGUGAGAAAAAGCCAGAAGAACUCCUUUCCUGUGCUGAUUGUGGCAGUAGUGGUAAGUCUUUCACUGACCAAAUUAGACAGACCUUUUCGCAGUCUUUUACAAGUGUUUUUGCAAGCCAGUGGUUCUUUGAGGGUGUGGUACAUCAUUUCUGUGAGCUGAAGUGUUCCCUCUACGAGUGCAGCUUUCCUUUUUGGGGAAGAGAAGCACCUUCCAUUCACAGAGUGAAAAUGUUAGCUAAAGGCUGCCCCCCCCAUUAUGCUUUUGUUGUGUUCAGAGUUUUAGUUACCUUUUUAAAAAGAAUAUGUUCAAAAUAAUUUAAUUUGCUUUAUAGCCACAUCUGCUGGAAGAAAUUGAGAUUUUAAUGUUUAUACAUCAUUCAGCACCACAAAUAUAUGUUAAGUCAACAACUGUGUGACUUCUAAUCAGUUUCACUCUGCGAGCUUUUGGAAACUGCCCAAAUAAAUACCAGUUACUCACAAAGACACAUAACAAGAAAAGUAUCUUUGGGACAGAGAAAUUUGGUGUGCUUAGUUAGCCCUGUUUUAUCCCCCCCACCAAAGCCACAUUUCUCCCCUCUGAGGUUCAAAAUAUGCAUUUUCCAUCCCCAGCUAUUAAAAUGGUAUAUAAAAAGGAAAUGUUUAUUGCCAUUCCUGUGCUUUUGUGCUUGAUAAGAUUCUUGUAUAGUUCUCUGACGUUCUUUGUUAACUUUCUUUUUACCUUAUGUAUUUUGGAUGAAACCAAAAGUUAACUCUAAAAAUUAUUAUUUAAUUAUUACUACUGUCACUUUUUCCUUCUUAGCACUUACUUAUUUUGUUUUAUGAAAAGCAUUGAGAUGUUAGGAUAAAUUCCUCCUAUGUGAACUUGAAAGCUUUCCUUUUCAAAUCAACCCUUGCUUGCUUUUCUUUUUUCUUUUAUCAUUUUAAACUUGUGGGGCUGAGAAUUAGGAUCUCCUGCUUUGGUCCUGAAAUAUCUAUUCUUGCCUGACUUUUGGUGAUGUGGGUGGGUGCAGUAACCAGCUUUCAAAGCUAGAUGGAAAGUGACACGCUCUAACCCUGGAAGGAGGUCAGAAUUUUGUUUUCUGAGCAUCUUAAUCAGGUACAGAAGGUUGAAUGCUGUAGUCCUUAUGUUUCACAAUAGUUUAGUGCUUGUGAAAGAAUUGAAAGACAUAAUGAUAGAAGUUCUGCCAUGAUAGACGCAAAAAUGGCAUACAAGGCAGUGAGAUACAACUGAAGAAUGUGAUAUUUUGGUCGCCAAAAAGGCCUUUAUCUCAGAGAGAAGAGAAAACCUUUUUGACUUUAUAGUUUACUAUGUGGUAUAUCCAUAUCAUGGGGUUGGUUUGCUGGGUUGUUCUUUAGUUGUAAAAUACAUACUGCUCCUGGUUGCUGUCUUAGCAGCGGAGAUGGUUGUCUUCAUUUCAAGUGUUAAAGAACUGAGUUGUCAAAACCUGUCCGUUUUGUAGAAUAACUUUUAAGGGCUACCUUCCCCCCUUCAUGUGUAUUUAAAUUUUAUGGGCUGUAACUUUUACUCAAACUAGACUCAUUGAAAUGAAUGACUGUGACUGUGGCGUAUUAAUUUCAAUGGGUCUUCUGAGUCGAAUUUAAUUGAAUAUAACCCAAUGCCUACAUGUGCUUCGUGUAUCACAUAGGUAAACACUGGUCUUGCAUAGUGGCACGUUGGGAUGGAAUUGCGUUUGCAAACCUUACAGUUUAAGACUUAAGAAUUUAGCGGGGUGUGGUGUGGGGUAAUGCAACAGUAUAAAUAAACCACGGUUGAGCAAAUUAGUCUGUACAUGAGCUAGUGCACACAGCUUAAGCACACACACUUUUCUUCUCCCUUUCUCCAGUGGGGAAUCAAACCACAGAGUGACAAGCUGAGCAUUUCCCUGCUGGAGGAUCCCUGCUGGAGGAAAGGAGAAAAGUAGGAGAAUUCAAGUUGUGUCUAUGAGCAGGCUGCUUGUGUACAGACUGAUGUGCUUAACUGCAGUUUAUAGCUUAGCUUUGCAUCUGGAUGCCACCAUAGAUUAAUGUCAUUUUAAGAUAUAUGAUACUAUUUUAUAGAUGAUUAAUGCAUUUGCCAAGAGCCCCCCCCCAAAUGAUGUAGUUUUUUGUUCUUGCAUAUGUCUGAAAAAAAAUCUAUUGGCUUCACAAUUCACUUAUGAAAAUACAAUUUAAUUUGGUAUCUAUUAAAUGUGUAUAAGGUGCUCUUUGGAGAUUGGUUAUUACACUCUGGCUGUCUGCAAAUAUGGCUUUUCAUUAUGCUCUGACUGUCUGCAAAUACAACAUUUCAUUAAUCAGUGCAUAAUGUAAUCAGCUUUUUUGCAUUAUAACAAUUCACUGACAAGUUCUAAGGAACAGCAGAAUUGGAAGCGCCCAACUUUCAUGGUUCAGCUUCAGUUCAAAUUAACACUGAUGCAUUCUCGUUGCCUCAUUAAAGGUAAAUUAUGUUUAAUUAGUUACUUACCAUUAUUUAGCUAUACAAUGAGACAUUGAGAUUGGCAGUUAAAUUGCCAGAUGGCUAAACCUUAACUGCAGGUGACAUCAAUUAUUAUUAUUUUUUAAAAACACAAUCUUCAUGCUGUUCAGAGGUUUUUCAUAAAAAUGACUUUGGGCUUAGGUAUGCUGUUACACAGACCCCCUGGGGUUCACAGGCUACCAAUUGGGAACCACUGUCUUAGACUAUAAUCAUAUUGGACUGGACUGGACUUGCUUUUGAGUAGACAUGCAUAAGGGUGCCUGUGUCACAGUUGUUUGAGGGGAGAGAUGAAUAUGUUGAACACAAGAGGGGCCAGGUCAGAAGGACAGCAGACACAAAUUAGAUCAGAGGCAAGCAGCAGUUCAUAACAACAUGAAGGUGUUUAUUGCCUCUUUUGAAGAUGGAAGCACUGUUUAGGUGCAGAAAGAUGUCUUGUAGUUGAGUAUUUUUUGUAUUUUUUAAUAUAUUAUAUAUGUAUAUAUACAUGACCGUUAUUUAAUGUUGCAGAGUAUUAGGCAUAAGCAUAAUAAUGCUAUAUAUAUAUUUUGUGACUAAAACCUUGUCUUAAAACACAUGGUUAAAGCAGUCAUAGGGCAUGAGGGAGGGGGCUUAAUUCACUCAGGGAAAGUGGUCAGAGCUGGGGCAUAUGACUAAUGUGGGUGGAGCUUCCUUGCAGCCUGCUGAGAAAGGGGAGCCCUUUAGUUCUCACACAGCGUGGAAACUAAGUGACUGUUGAUUGCAGAGGAGCAAAUCGCUAAGAACACUGGAACUCAUUGAUGAAAUAGACAAUCACUGGAGCCAAAACUAGUUAAUAACUGCCUAAAUUACAAGAUAGUCAAAAGGCUUGUAUCUAUCAAGUUUGUUGUGAUGCAAUUUACUUUUUCCAGUUAGAAGAUUCCUGAAAAUAAUAAUUAAUAGUCCAUAGAAAUUAAGGAAAACAAAAAAUAAAAGAAAGAGCAUCUAGAAAAAUUAACCUCUGUUGGGCUAAGAAUACAAGUUUCCUCUUGGUAACAGCAGAAAAAAAGUAUUCCCAAAAUGACUUAAGGAGAAGCCAAAAGCAAGGCCUCCUGUCUAUCUGUCAAGAAAACCAAGCCACCGUGCUUUCAGUAUCCCAGAAAGAUGGUAGGAGUGGGACAGAGCGAUUCAUGGAGAGAAAACGAUGUACACUAAAAAUUGUUACAGUAGGAUUGGGGGGAACCAACUUUCUUUGUGUGUUUCUCUAAUACGAAAUCCUUCUUAUUUUUAAUCUCCAGCCAGACACUGGUUGUUCCCCUCCAGUUUCAUCCCCUAAAUAAUUUCCAUCUCAUUAAAUCUUCAUAAGGGACUUUGCCGCCAUAUGUAGUGCCAUCUGUGGAAAAACUCACUAGCCUCAGAUGAAAGGCACCCAGUGAGCGCAAUGUUCCAGAAUCAAAGAGAUACUUAAAAACCAAAGCUCACCUCAUUUCUCAGAUGGAGACCUGUCAUUCAUUGCAAAGGCAAUUUAAGCUGCUACAAAAAACCAUUCACACCUAGAAGUGUGAAUCAAAUUGAAAACAAAGAAUUAACCUGCAGUCUACUAUUUUCUUAGCCCAAUUUUGUUUGCUUCUCAAAGCCUCAUUCCAGUUAACCAAAAAUUAUGUGAUGUUCCAGCCCAGACAGGACAGCUUCCAAGAUGCAAAGCCUAUCCUUUUUUCUUGUUUUUAAUUAAUUCAAGGAGCAACCAGGAUUCUCUUGACUAGCAGUCAGAUACCCAUAAUACGUAAUAUUGUGAAGAUGCCCAUCUUCAAAGGAAGAUAAAGGGCCCAUCACUAUGUGUAUCUCAAAAGCUUCUAUGAUGGUAAUAAGAAUGACCCCUUAAAUCAGAGCUUUCCAAACUCUUGUGUUGUAACAUGUUAAUGUGUUGGCUAUAGUGUGUAGGUAUGUUGCACAAAUACACCCCGCACUCCUCCCAGGGCUGGAAAGGGCCUCUGGUCUGCUAGUAAAAUUGUGUCACCAUGUCCCAAAAUGAUGCAUGUCUAAAAAGUGUAUCACUAAUAUGAAAAGUUUGGAAAGCUCUGCCUUAAAUCCUUCAUCAUGCUCAUUGGCCAGCACCCCAGAACCCAGAAAAUAAGUUCCAGAGGGAGCAAACCCAACAGAUAACUUGCUCAAUGGCUUUAAAAGCCACAGAGAGAACAAAGGGAACAAACAGGGUCAUACUCCUCCUGUCUCUUUUUUGAUGCACGUCCUCAAUAAAAGUGACCAAAGCUUUUAUUGCCAAAACCAAGCCUGAAGCUAGUUUGAAAUAGUUCUAGAUAAUUGGCUUCUUCCAAACAUACUUGAAGCUGAAUGGGCACCUUGUAAAAAAGACACUUAAGGCAUGUCUGGUGCGUGGCUGUAAAUUAGAGCUAGAAAAUAAAAAUAACUGGAAGCAGGAAUAAUUUUGAAUUACUACAUCCGGACAUAUAUGUGCAUAGCCACAAAUAAAAAGUCCUACGUAAUACUAACUGGCAAGUAUUUCUCUCUCUCUUUAUGGUAGAGAAAAGAGUAGAAAUACAAUGAAAAUGCUCAUAAGAUACAUUUUUUAAAGCUCACCAUAGUAGUAGUUGAACUCUCAAGGAUUACUGAAAUGUAUGUGCUUUGAAGCCUCAAAGUAUACAUUAAGGAUAGACAAUAUGUUAAGGAGUUUAACAAUAAAGAGUAGAGUGUUUUGAAAACAGAAGUAUGGUACCAAUAUUUUUAUUGUCAACACCAAAAUUAAACAUGUAUUAACAAUUUCUGAUAAAAAUGUGGAUUCAGCAUGUGUCUCCUAUGUGAAUUGCAGCUAAAGUGUUGCCGACCCCCCCCCCCAUGGCGACUAGACAUACUGUUUUGGCACCCAGGUCCCGGGAGCCAUUUGGCGCCUAGCUAUUUUAUCCCAGUUUCUAACACUGCUUCUACUCAGAGAAGACCCAUUGAAAUUAAUGGACAUGACUGACUUGGGUCCAUUCAUUUAAAUAGGUCUACUCUGAGUAGUACUAGUAAGGGAUAUAACUUUAUUUGUUAACGUUUGUUAGACACCAAAUAAUUGAGGUUCUCUGGACAGUCUUGUAAUAGCAGCUGCCUCUCUUUCUGUCCAUGAGAGAGAAGACGUGAAUUCUGAAAGUAGCCAGUACUGAUGAAAUAGUACUUGGAGAAGAUGUCGUAGAGCUUUAGGUGAUCUGGGACAUAAAUAAUCCUCAUGUAUGAAUACUCCCUUUUUGUAGGACAUCCAUCCUGUUUGAAAUUCUGUCUGGAGUUGACGACAAAUGUAAAAGCCUUAAGAUGGCAGUGUAUUGAAUGCAAGACGUGCAGUGCCUGUAGAAUCCAAGGCAAAAAUGCAGUAAGUUUUAAUCCCUUAUUACAAAUAAUAUAUAAUGUUUGGUCUAAUUAUUUAGGUCUAGUUGAACCAAAUUUACAGCGUAGUAGGAAUUGGGUGAAAAUUAUGCCAAGGGAUUGAUGGUUUGUUUGUUUUUGUCUUUUGCUAGUUUCUCCAUGAAAAUAUAUUUUUGUAAGAUUACUUUUGUUUUCCCUCCCUCCAUUUCAAUUUCAGGAUAAUAUGCUUUUCUGUGAUUCUUGCGAUAGAGGUUUCCACAUGGAGUGCUGUGACCCACCUCUUUCCCGAAUGCCAAAAGGUGAUCUCUGAAAAUGCUUUCAGUGUAUAUGGCUUGAUUUUAUGUAUGUAUGUAUGUAUGUAUGUAUGUAUGUUUUUGUACAUUCCAUGUGUAUCUUGAUUUUCAGUUCAAUAUUAUGAAUUGGUUCAGUGAAUUAUUUAUGCAUAAGCUAUUCAUUCUUGGAUACAUUGAUGUGUUUGUGAUGGAGCAUUCCGAAAUAGCCCCUUUUUUUCCUAUGUGUUCUUUAUAGCUUCCACAAUACAGUACAUUUGAAUUGUAAGAGGGCCGUUCGGGUUCUUUUUUGUUGUUCUUGUCUUUUUGUAGCAGCUUCUGUAGCUGGAGAGCUAAGGAUUUGUCACAGUAUAAAUUUGUGGCAGAACAUGGACCAUCAGCUCAGAUUUCCCUCAUCUAAGUUUAAUUUUCUACCAAAUUACCCUUCAAAUAAUAGGACUUGGCAUUUCUUUUUGCAGUUUUUAAGAAGUCCGUAAAUCUAGUUCACCUUCUUUAUCACAUGCAUGCAAGAAAAUGUGCUCAUGUUGUUACCUGUAAUGUUAAAAUGGAAGGCGACAGUAACCUGUCAAUAUUGUUGGCUGAUCAAAAUGUGGUUCUUAUUAUUGUCGUUUAUAGUUCAAGCCACUAAAAGCUUUUGGUACUGAUAAUGCUGGUUACAGCAUUCUGAUUCAGGCAAUCAGUUUAUUGUUAUUGCAAGGAAACAAUCUUUUGUAUCCUCAAAGUCAUCUGUAUUCUAUUCUAAUACCUAGAAUAUUUAAUUUAAAGUUUUUAAAAGUUAAAUGUAGCCUUAAAAUAACAGCUUGUCUUCUCCACUUCAGCAUGCUAGCAAAAUAGACAAGUUGCAGUCUUGCUGUUUUGUAGGCCAGCAGUCCCAGUGACUUUAAUUUACCAUCUCUCAACCUUAGAAAUAAUAGCCAUUCCUAAAAGUCAUAGGACAUCAGUUGUGCCUAGACUGGAUGUUGCCAGGACCCGAGUCACAGUUGCAAAAUCUUUUUUUGUGGCCCAUGGACAGUCAUACAGAUGGGUUCUGCAACUGCACUGUGCUAUUGGAAUAUUUGUACCCUACCUACUAACAAGGGUUCUUGGCAUGGUUUACAAUAUAUUUAAAAUACAAUAAAAAUUGACAAUUGAGGUGUUGAAAUUCUUCAGUAGGUGAGAUUGCUUUAUUUGCUGCUGUCUCAUGACUUCAGGUUUCUGGUAACAGACCCAAGAGUCUACAAACCUUCUUCCUAUCAUUGGAUGUACCAGCAUCACUCUGUUGUUUAUUGGGAAAUUUCUAGAAUUUAAUGACUGGGACCUGAUGCUCAUGCACUUUCACCUGAACAAAAUAUUUUUUGAAUAAUUAAUGCAGGGAUGUGGAUUUGCCAGGUCUGCAGACCAAAGAAAAAAGGAAGGAAGUUACUUCAAGAGAGAGCAUCACAGAUAAGGCGGCGAUACACAAAACCUAUUGGGCGACCAAAAAAUAAACUAAAGCAACGAAUGUUGUAAGUGUUUUGGGGUUUGGCUUGUCUUCUACAUUUGGGUGGUGUUGCACUUAACAGGCAGAUUCUUACGAUGAGAAAUGAUUUAAUUGCUGGGUUGUUCCAAGUUAGUACAUCUUCCCGCUACUAAACUUCUGGCGGUUCCCUCACUUCAAGAAGUGAGGUUACAGGGAACCAGGCUGAGGGCCUUCUCGGUGGUGGCACAUGCCCUGGGGAACGCCCUCCCAUCAGAUUUCAAGGAAAUAAACAACUAUCUGACUUUUAGAAGACAUCCGAAGGCAGCCCUGUUUAAGGAAGUUUUUAAAGUUUGAUGUUUUAUUCUGUUUAAUAUUCUGUGGGGAGCCACCUAGAGUGGCUGAACCAGAUGGGUGGGGUAUUAAUAAUAAUAAUAAUAAUACUGUAAUUAUUUAUUAUUAUUAUUAUUAAGUACCUGGUUUUAACCUAAAUAGAAACAUACAGAUGUUUCUGUUCAUGCUUCUUUUUUAAGUGCAUUAAAGCACUUCUGGAUGAUGGAGUUAAGGCAGCAGAGUUCUCAUAUUAAUUGACAGAGCCAUAUAAAUAACCAGUCAGGUGGCAGUGGCAGCUGAUGUGGCCUCUGCUCUGGCCCUUGCCACCGGCUGCUAUCUAGUAGCAAAAGUUGUGGAACUUGUGUGUGCCCCUAUUGCAAGGGAAUGUUUGUUAUUUGAUCACUUGAUGGCAGCCAUUUUUCACUCCUGAUGAGCAGACAUGUGCAAAAUUACCUAGUGGUUUGUCAGUUUUUGUGUUGAACAUUGGGUCAUCAUGUUAUGAGACAACUGAAUUGUGUUAUUUGAAUUGUUGGAACGGUGAAGGUCUGCACUUGCCGUAGUUGAUGAUGCAGAGUUGCAGAAAUAACUUACUGCUGUCUUCUUUAGAAAUAAGUGUAGAUCUGUAACCCUUCAUCUUUUAUGAAACUGUAAAACAUUGGGAAGAUGACAUGUGGUACCAGUACCAUGGUGCAUAUAUUUAACAUAGAAAUAGAGAUUGAACCUCUAGAGUGUCAAUUCAUAGCUUGUUGAAUCCGUUCCAGAAUAAAUUCUGCUGUGGGAGGUGUGUGUGGGUGUUUAAAGGUGUAUGUCAUUUUGCUUGAUGAAAUGUACCUAACUAAAUGACACAAAUAUUGUACAUUGCUGAAUCAUUAUGUGCUUCAUCAUAAAAGAGUUGACUGUGCAGUGGCACUGCUUAAUGGACCUUUAUUGUGGCAUUGAACAGCAAUGUGAAAUCAUAUAGCACCAGGAGCUUGUUAACCUCUGUAGGCAGAUGGUUAUUAGCAUAUAUGGCACCAAGUGAUAGGCUUUAUGGUAACAGAGCUGAACUUCUGGCAUUGAAAUAUUCAAACAACAUGUGGGCAAGGCUUAGAAGAUUUUAACUGGAUUGCGACUGUUAACUGCUAGCCAUUCUCAGUAAUGGGUUGGAGUGGGGAAUGCAUUCGGGGCCAAAUGGAGGGUUGCUUGGCUAUUGGAGAUCAGCAAACCAGAUGGUUGCCCCAGGCUGCUCUCUCUCUAAUCUGUUUAUAUUCAUUACUUCAGUUUCACCACUAUCAAAACAAAAUAUAUAAUGCUUAACAAUAAUAAGAUGAUGGAAAUGAGAAGAAAAUACAAUUGAUGUGAAAUAAUUAUGCAGCAUUGUGUGGGUUUCAGUUUGAUAAACUUUCCUGGUUGCUUGCAUUUAUCACAAAUAUAAGAGAUUUCCUCAGCAUUAUCUUUACGUUUCUGCAUUAGCCUUUAGCUAAAUCAGCACUUAAUCAAGCUAGAUGCACUUUCCCGGUAAAACUCAGUACUGCUUCUUGGUAUCUUUCAUGUCAAGCCUUUCCCAGUUCUUGUUUUCCUUUUAUCAUGUUUUAUUUGUACCUUCUGCACGGUUCUUAGUUGGACUUACGCUUUUUUUCUUGACUAAAAUAACACAUUAGUGCUUGUGUAGGUUGUCUUUAAUGCUGCGCAGAAAUGCAUCUUUCUUUAAGAAUUCCAUUACUUUAAGUGUAUUUUUUAAUUAAUAUGAAUGUAGCCCUUUUGUAAUGAAGCAUGCCCACAAAAGCCUAUUAUACCGGAUUUAGGGUGUUAUCUUCCUCCGCAUUAUUGGAAUGUCAUUUUUACAGUUGCUGGCUUUGAAGCAGUCAAGUACCUUGAAGCUUUUGUAGCAUAAGGCUUGGAUCUCCUGGGAUCAUGUUAUAGUUGUAACAGUCUUCAAAAGGCAGAAGCUUUACUGUUGUAAUGCAGUGCAGCAUAUAGUCAAGGAGACCAUUGAAAUUAGUGAGGCUAAAGUCCAUUAACUGUAUAUUGAGCCUAAGGAAUGCAUAUUCCCUUUCUGUAGGGAUUUCUUUGACCAAAACCUGAAACACACUUUGACCCAUUUAGAACCUGUCUUAACAGGACAGCUGCAUUUUGGAAAUGUUCUACUGCAUGGUCAUCUGUGCAGUGUCACAUAUCGGUUCUACAAUCUGUGCAAAAAUAUUCAGGAAUAUUGAAUCUAGGAACUCAUGCACUUUUGCUCACAGAAGAUUUUCACUAUCUGCAAAUGCCUUGAAGGGAGGGAUGAAUAACCGAAACCAAAUGCAGUAUCCAGUGCUUUUUUCUGGGGAUACGCAUACCCUUAAACAUUUUGUGAAUUUAAGUUUGGCCUCAUUGAGGGGCAGUAUUUCAAUAUGAGUAGGAAAAUGAGAGUACACCUAAACAUAUAUUUUGUUUUUUAAAGAAAAAAAAGCACUGGCAGUAUUUCAGGGAGCUUUCUCUCUCUGGAGUUUAUGUUUUCUGCAAGGUUUAGCCAUUGCUGUUGUACUUCCCCGCUUUUCCUCUUUUACAGCUUUAUGUGAAUACUUUUGUAAAGGUCCCACUGUAGUUCACAUAGCUGACAAUAAGUAGCCGCAUCAACUGCAGCAUGACAAGAGUAUGGUGGGCAGGCAAGGAAGCAAGUGUUGCAAAUGGUGAGCAGCCCAGGCAAGCUGCUGAGGAAGGAGCAACAUUGAAUGGGCCAAGGAGCCUCAGAGAGCGAUUUGCCAAACUGUUCUCUGAAGCACUUCCCACCAUCCUCCCAUGACUUUUAAGGAGGGUGGGGAUGCUUUGGGGAGUCAUUUGUCUGAAACAUCCCCAUCCUCCAUUAAAUGGUGGAGCCCAGGUGAGCUGCUGAAGGAGUGACAUUUAAAGGAGGUGCUUCAGAGAGUAGUUUGGACCCUCCUCCAUUAAACAUUUAAUAAGCUGUGAGACAAGAGCUGUUUGGAUGAGCUCUGGGAGAAGGGGAUGGGGUUUUGGGGUGAGCUUUGGGGCAAGCUGUGGGGGAGGUGUUUGGUCAGGUGGGUGAGGGGGUGGCAAAAUGGUGGGUGGUUAGCGAAUGGAGCAAGUAAAAGUUGUGGUGGCAGCUCCUAGUUGUUCCAUAUAAGAUUAGUGGAGCAAUACCAGUUUCCUUGGCUGGAGCCCUAGAAUGUUUCCAGUAACUGAACUCAUGUGAGAAAGGGCUGUGAUGAGUGACUAUAAUAGUUUGCCUUUACAGUUGUUAAUCCUAAGGCUGACCAGUCUCUUUAACUGUAGUUAAAGAAGGAGAGGAGAUGCGGGGGAGAUGUGUAUUUCUGUUUGAGCACAGUUGUUGCAACUGCACUGGUUAAUUGCACUUAUUAUAGUUCUUAUUUAAUAGACAGAGUGCUUUACAGCCUUUGUGCUUCAUGUCCUCAGAAUAACUCUGUGGAGCCGUUGAUUAUAUUUACUGUUUUAUGACAAAUAUUGAGAAUGUGGCUUGCCCCAAAGCAUCCAGGAAUUUGAUGGCUUAGUUGGUUUGAACACAAGCCUUAGUUAAAGCUUUUAACCCCCAGACCACUCUGACGACCAUCAUUUAGUCUUGUCACUAUCAUAUAAUUCUGAUGGUUUUGAACUAAUAUGUAUAUCUAUAUUUGAUGAGGCUUCACCAGCAGUAUUUAGCUGUUAGUAUGUUGUUUAGAAUUUAAGCAAAGUAGCACGAGUAAUUCAUAUGCAGUGCUGCUAUUGUUUAUUUUUAUGGUUUGUUAAUGCUGACUGCUUCUUAAAAUUUUCCAUAUUUUUUGCUAGGUCUGUAACCAGCGAUGAAGGAUCCAUGAAUGCAUUCACAGGAAGGGGGUCACCUGGUAGGGGUCAAAAGACUAAAGUCUGUACCACACCUUCAUCUGGUCAUGCUGCAUCUGUGAAGGAUUCAAGCAGCAGAUUGGCUGUUACAGACCCCACCCGGCCUGGUGCCACCGCCACCAAAAUCACCACCACCACCUCCACCUACAUACCUGCCUCUACACUUAACGUUAACAAGAAAACCAAAGGGCUUAUUGAUGGCCUUACUAAGUUUUUUACACCGUCACCCGAUGGUCGCAGAUCACGAGGUGAAAUAAUAGACUUUUCAAAGCAUUAUCGUCCAAGGAAAAUGGCCUCUCAGAAACAAUCAUGUACUUCUCAUGUGUUGGCUACAGGUACCACACAAAAGCUAAAACCUUCUUCACUUCCACCCCCAACCCCCAUCUCUGGUCAGAGCCCCAGUUCACAAAAAUCCAGCACUUCCAUCUCUUCUAACUCUCCCCAAAGCUCCUCCAGUCAGUCAAGCGCACCCUCCUUUAGCAGCCUUCCUAAUAACAGUCAGCUAAAGGGACUCUUUGAUGGACUUUCUCAUAUUUAUUCCACUCAGGGACACUCUCGAAAAAAGGGGCACCCGAGUUAUGCACCGCCCAAGCGUUUGCGUCGUAAAGCAGCAUUUUCUUCCACAUCCAAGUCUAAAACUGCUUUCUAUGGAAAGAAAGAGAUUAGAAGUAGGUUUAUUUCUCAUGCCUCCGCCUCUGGAUGGGGUAUGUCUAGAGGACGUGCUUUUAAAGCAAUUGGUCACUUCAAGCAAACAACCUUCCUUAAAAAGCGCAGGAUUCUAGGCAGAUUAAAGUAUAAAGUGACCCCUCAGAUGGGGACCCCCUCACCAGGGAAGGGGAACUUGGCAGACGGAAGGAUUAAACCUGAUCAGGAUGAUGGUAAGCAACAGGUCAAAGCGCCAACCAAACCUGCGUCCCGUCCAAAUCCAAAUUCUUAUUUUGUCACACAGGUCUCGGCUACUUCUCUUCUGACUUCACUCUCAUACAAAAGCAAUGAACUUUGACCUUGUAACUAAUGCUGACUAAAUCUCCAAAUUGUUUUUCCAACUAAUGCUGUACCGCCUUGUUUGUCAGUUUUUGCAUAUGUAGUGGCACUAGCACCCCCCACCCCAAUGUCUUCAUAAUGUUGCUUUUAUGCCUUUUGUAGUAGCAUAUUGGUAGCCACUCCAUGCUGUCCCUUGCCCUUUCUCUGGCCAUAGUGCUGAUGGCAUUUAUUAGGAUGACCAUUUCAACUCUUCAUUUCCCUCUCCUCCAUCGCUUUUCCAUGACACAUUCCAUCUGCUACACAACACUGGAUUUGUACUGCUGUGAAAUUUACUCUUCCCAGUUUUUAAAUAAAUCUUUCCUUUUUUUCUUGAAGAAACAAAAGUCUGUAUUCCUUGCCUUAGUUUCUUCUAAUCUGUUUCAAAUAGUUUUGCCUAAGAUUGUUUUAGUGUUGAAAGCUUGUUUUCUUUUUCUUAGAGGUUCAGAUAUAUGGUUAGGAUAUGUGAAAUCUAUGCUGCUGUAUCAGUUGUUUGAUAUAGUUUUGUAUUCAAAAUGUCUUUUUUAAUUGGGUAGGAGUAGAGUGUAAAUUCUAAGUUAGGGCAUGAAAGAAAAUGCUGCUGUUUGUCCUGGCUGUGUUUAUUUAAAAUAAAUCUGCAAAUGUUUUAGUAGAUACUAUAAUAAUAAAGAUUUGCUACGUCAACUGGAAAGAUCAGUGGGAAGCAGGAUUUUAAAGCAUUAGUCACUCAGAAAAUGCUGGGAGCUACAUUUUGAUUGCAAAAGGUGUUUGUUGCAUCAUGGUGGUGAAUAAACUCUCUGCUGGUUUUAAACAACAGGUACAGAAAUCAAAAUAAGCAUCAAACAAGAAAACUCAGAUCUGUUUCUGGUGGGAAGCAAGGAUAUUAUUACAGAAGAAGAUUUGGAAAUGUUUAAGCAGGCCCAGGAACUUGCAAUGGAGGUAAGGUUCACAGGUGCCAGCUAUGUGAACAGUACUGAUACGGUAAUUUGUUGCUUGAUAUGAGGGGAAAAUUGUGCUGACUGCUUAGUUCUGCUUAAUGCCCCUUUUAUUAAGGCUAGUUUGUAUAUAAUGGUAUACAUCUAAUCUAGAACCCAAGUAUCUCAUUAGGGUAAAAGUAAACUUGAAUGGGAAGUUCUCUAUAUAGCUUCAGGCAUGGUGCAGAGUGAAUAAGUGCCUUGAUAGAAGUCCUUAUUUUUAAGGAUGUGGAUAGUUUGUGCUACUUUUCAUUCCUCUGUAAACAGAUGUCUCUCCACCUAACACCUAAAAUAGUGUAAUACCCCAAAAAUAGCCUUACUAGUGAAAUGUGAUGGGAGGGGGGGAUUCUGUUGCGCUUUCAAAACUUUUGUUCUUUAAUUGUGAUUAAUAGAAAAUUGGUUGUAAAAAUGGUGGAGAAACAAAUGGACGCUACCCUUCAGUGAUAGAAUUUGGGAAAUAUGAGAUCCAAACAUGGUACUCCUCGCCUUACCCACAAGAAUAUGCAAGGUAAGGAGAAUGAACCUAUAAACUGUUCUAUGACAAACACCAUCUCAUAGCUCCAAAAAAGAUUCCUUUACAACUUAUUUGCAAAGCUUCUCAAAUUCAGACAUGCAGUGAAACCACAACUUUAUAACUUCCCUUCUCUUUCUUUCCUAGCUUGCAGAUUAUCAUUGAACGUUGCUGUAAAAUCGGCUUGGCACUGCCAAAAAAUCAAAGAUUAAAAAUAUGUAUUGGCUGCAGAUAAGCCUGUUUAGCUACAGAAUGCCUCGUACACACCCUUUUGUGGCUAAGGAAAAAAAGGCUAGCCCCCAAAUUACUUCAUGCAUGUCCCUUCCUUUCUACAUGGAGCUUGAGAUACUUCUCUUAAAACAUAUCAAAAAUAAUCAUAAAUAAUUAAGAGUCCAGCAGUGUUCAAAGUGUCCGCAAUUAGAAAAUCCACAUAUUAGUAAAAUGUAAUUUGUUAUUUUUCUUGGUGCCAAAAUUUUAAACUUCAUAGUUCAACAUUUUGAGACUAUUUUGCCAUGGAUAGAAUAUGACAAGCCUUGCAAACAGUAAUGUUGAUAAUAAAUAGCUUCCUAUUUCAGGCACUUGCCAUCAAUGUGCUCACCGUAAUGUAUGCUCUACUUUUGCCUGUAAUUGGGCCCCAGUUCCUCAGUGUUCAAAAAUGGUCUAUAUUUUCAUCCAUUUUUGAAGGGGUCAAGAGAAAAAGUUAAACAAAAUUGGAGGGGCGGAGAGAUUUACCUGAAAAUCGGCAGACUUCUACCACCACCUCCUUUUCUUUUUAAAAAACCUUUCUCGCAGUGGUGCUCUUACAGCCUAGCAUUUUUUCUUGGGCCUGUGCAUUCCAUUUUAACCUCCUAUUUCCAAGUAUCAGAUAUUCCGUUUCAUCCAAUAAUUUAGGGAAGGCAGGAGAAAUGAAUGAUGUCAGAGAUAACUCAAGUGGAAAGUGGUCCCAGCUCUGGGAAUUAUCCUAAAGGUGUCUCGGUUAAUUGGCACAUUAUUGGAUGUUAGGAUAUAAUCUAUGGUGCUAGUAAAUCCUCUGGGGGAGAUAAAAGUAAAAUAACCCUCUUGAUCCCCUUGACGGUGCCCAUUGCAUAACAAAAGGUUAUGCUUAAUUAUAAGUUCACAGAGAUAAUUCCCAGCGCGGUUAGAGAGGUGGUGUCCAUUGCUGCCCUCUGACAGAUUUUGGGUUCGUCCUCCCAGUUUAGUCCAGAUAAUAUUGUAUUUUGUGGGGAAACAAGGCUGAUCCGGGCAUUGAAGUCGCCUCCCAAGACAAGUCGAGGGUUAGGAGACAGAGAGUCUAUACUUUCGAGUAGUUGGUCAAGCUUUCCCCAGUAUGAGCUCAGUUCCCCACAAGACUUUAAUGGAGGUAUGUACGCACAGAUACGGUAAGUAUUUCUCCGGAGACUAUCAGAAAGGGACAACACUAAAAAAAUUAGGGGUGGUCAGCGAGGGACACUGUUGAAUUGAUACAUUAAGAGAUGUUGACACCAGCACUGCCAGCCCCCCUGCUAGGCCUUCCAUACUUUACAGUUUUAAGAGCUGGUUGAGUGUAACUUGUAAAACCCUGUAAUUCAAUUCAACCAUGGUGCCCUCUUUUGCCCAAGUUUCUUGAAGAUGAUAUCAUGUGUUUGUAGAACAGAAAUCACUGUCUUGGGUCUUGUUCGGCCACCCUGUUACAUUCCAUGAGAGAAGUUUAAUUGUUUUACAGUGAUUUACUCUUAGUCAAUUGCUGGCCAAUGUACACUCGGAGUUUACCAGUUUUUGAGGCAACAUGGAUGCUAGUGGAAUGAUCCAGAUGUUUGAUUAUUUCAGUCGUUAUAAAGUACUCACAUUUCAUAAAGUACUCACAUUUGUGUUCACUGGGCCUUUUAUUUGCAAAUUGCUCACCAGCGGGGAUUUCUUGGGCGUAGUUCCUGACUCCUCCACAUCUAAAUAUCUCAUCUUUGUCCCGUACUCCGGUGGUUCUAUAGUUAUCGUUCUGUUGUGGCCAUUGGGUCUAUUGUCAGUGCUCAGAUUCCUGAAGAUGAUUGUCUAGGGGAAUUGGCUGUUCCUUUUGGCUCACCGGGUUAUUUUGAUGUUGGGCAUGAUUCUGCGAAUUCAACUCGGGCAUGUCUGUUUCCUCCCCUCCUGUCGAGUUUUUUUUUUUGCAAUGUCAUUACUUCCAUUGGGGGAUCCAGGCCUUGGUUUUGUGGGCCCCUCUGUAGCACCAGUCCUCAUCUUACAUAAGGGUGCAACAAUAGAAUUGUGAAAUACCCGGGUUGGAAAAACUCCUCUGCUUGACAAUUUCAGCUUGUGAAUCAGUGAGGGCAGUCUAGUAGAGGAAAAAGUUAACAUAAUUUUUGGAUUUGAUUUUUGGUAUUCAAGGGUUCAGUCCCAACUAAGUCAGUCUCUGUAAGUCCAAUACCAAGUAAGUCUGAUAAAUGUUAUUUGGAACGCUGGACACCUUUCCUUUUAGGAGUUUGAUCUAGUCUUCCACAAAUUGUCAUGCAGAUCUUUUUUGGUUGGAAGACUCUUAAAUAAGAAGAGUUUGUUUUAAGAGCCUCUGCGCAUUCUAUGUCAAGCUUAGGGGUCUGCUCUUGUUGUGCCAUUUCACUUUGGUGCUUUGGUGUUCUGUUAGUGCCUGCUUGCCUUUAACUGGUAAACUGUGGACCUCUUUGGAUAACUGGGUUAUUUGAGAGGCAAUACCUCUAAUUUGUUGGAAGAUAUGCUCAACCGUUCUUGCAAGUAGAGUUAAUUGGGUGCUCUCCCUACUUGUUAUUCCUUCCUCUCUUAGAGGCACAGGGUCAACUUGCCCCAAUGUUGGAUCCAGUUCUGCACUCUCACCUUGAGUAUCCUCCUCAUUUUCACAAUCCUCUUUAAGGGGAGAAAACCGUUUUUUUUGUUGGAACUGUUAAAGCAGAUUUGUUUUUAAAAGUCCUCCAUUUUAGAUUGCUUGGGAGCCGGUGAGAGAACUGCCUCCUCUGGGUCCCUGUUGCGUUUACUAGCAGGCAUAGUAUUGCAGUGGGGUGUAAACUAGGAGAGGUUUCCUUAACCAAAGAGAAGAGAAAAAAUAGAAAGUGUUCAGUUUGUUCAAUUUAAGAGUUUCUCUGUGUGGUGACUGCCAGGAGUUCCAGGAACAAAGUAUAAAAGGGAGCUGGCGGUUAAUAGCUAGCAGCUGGCAGCCUGCCCAGGAUACUUCACAGAACUUGCCCAAGGUGUUUCUCAUAACAUAGAUAAGAAGAUGCUGAUAGAAUCUCAGUAGGUUGGUAAGUUUAAAAGUAGAAAAUUAAAAAAAGAGGAAAAUUUACUUACAUGGGUAGCAAUUGACACUAAUUACAUUCCUGUUAUCUGCGGAGCUCCGAAGCCAGCUUGCUAAGCUGUUGCCAUCUUGGAACCGCCACCAACCAGUGACUGUUGGUAUUGUUCAGUAGUUGAUAGUUGAACAAUUAAGAAUGAUCAGAUGAAUGUUGAAGAGCAAGUCAGACAAUAAUGGAAUAAGUGAGCCAGAGGAAUAUAAGGUAGGGGAAUAUGCAGAGGCUCCAGAUCAAACUGAUGAAAGGUUGGCAGGACUGGAUCAAGAAAUCAUACUGAAGGAAUCAUCAUCGUAAGAAAAUGGAGAUGACCUCCAUACAAGAAUUCGGAGAAGUAGAAGAUAAGAUUACAAAUGGUGAUUUAGAGAAAUAUCUGGACAUAGUGUUGAUGGAGCUGAGAGGCAAAAAAAGCUUUGGGAUUUCACUCCUGGCCUUUCUUUAGUUUUAGCAGAUUUGGUGUGAGUUCAAAGAAUGGUGAUAUUAAAGUUAUGGUAUUGCCUCUGGAAAAAGACUGGGGGGAAAACAAAAAAAUGAAGGUCGUAGAGGAGAUCGGAAUACCAUUGUAAACACAACAGGAAAUAGAAUACAGCAGGAAAUGGAACUGACUACAGUGGUACCUCGGGUUACAUACUCUUCAGGUUACAGACUCCGCUAACCCAGAAAUAGUACCUUAGGUUAAGAACUUUGCUUCAGGAUGAGAACAGAAAUCGUGCUCCAGCAGCACGGCGGCAGUGGGAGGCCCCAUUAGCUAAAGUGAUGCUUCAGGUUAAGAACAGUUUCAGGUUAAGAAUGGACCUCUGAAACGAAUUAAGUACUUAACCCAAGGUACCACUGUACACGGAACUGGACACAAACUAAUGAGAAACAAAAAUGGAAUAAUACAACCGGAAAUGGGCUAUAACAAGAAAGGGAACUGAGGAUAUGGAAUUGGACAUGAACAAGUGGAUAUACAACAAGAAAAAAUGGAGUAUUGGCUCAAUGUGCAAGCACAAUGGAGAGACUGUAAUAUGGACAUGGACAGGAAGAAUUAUAUUCAAUAUGGAGUAGUGGUGGUGAGAAUUAAUCGAAGUUAAAUUAAAGGAAAAAAAUAUGGUUAACAUUUAUUAAGAAUGACAAUUAGUCUUGGACUUUCUGUGAGAAAAGGAAAUAAAUGAUUCUGAGAUACCUUAACUGGUAGGAAAUAUUGUUUAACAGAAAGUGGUAGAUGUUCACAUUGACCAAAGUUUUUAAAUAAUCAUAUUCUCUUUUAUAUGACUGGCAGAUGGGAAAUCAGAGUAUUUCUUUUCUGUUGCCUUGCUUAUUUUAUUUUUCUCUUUUUCUGUCUUCUCUUUAUCUUAGUUGUCCCCUUCUUUCCUUUUUCUGUUUACCUUCUUUUUUGGUAUCUUUUGUAAAUGCAACUGUAUUAUGGAAAAUCUUAAUAAAAAGUCAUUUAAAAAGUUGAAAUAUUAAUUGCAGGUUUUAUUUUUUUAAACAAUUCAGGUGUUCAUUAAUUUAGAUAAAGGCUGAAUUAUGAAUACUGUAGAUAACUUCACUCAGAACACAUUGAUGUGUUUACACAAUGCAUAUAAUAAUGUUCCAAUAUUAUGAUGGGAUUUGACUUCACAGCUGGUUGUUUGUUUGUUUUUUUUAUUAUUAUUAUUAUUAAAUUUGCUCCCAAGUCCAGCUAGAAUUUAUGGGCACUUGGAAAUACCUCAGCAGAAUUGUUAUGACACCAGCCUCAUAAUAAACAACUUGUUAAGAAGUAUGAUAUGCUUUAAGCUUGCUUGUUGUUUUAUUUGCUUGUUUAAUACAUAUAGUGCUCUGGUUGACUAAGAAUGUUGGCAUUUUAAAAUACAAAGAAUUGUAUACUAACUGCUCUGAUUUUUAAACUUAACAGACUAUCAAAGCUUUUCCUGUGUGAAUUCUGUCUUAAAUAUAUGAAAAGUAAAAAUAUUUUGCUAAGGCAUGCAAAGAAGUGUGGCUGGUUUCAUCCUCCAGCCAAUGAAAUCUACAGGAGGAAGGACCUUUCAGUGUUUGAGGUAGGAAGCAUUUUUUUGGCGUUAGUAGUACUGCAGGCUAGUUGAAGAGUAAGAAUGUAGUAAAUGCAUUAAUCUCCCCACCCACAGCUAUCUGUAAUGUGGGUGCUCCUGACCCCACCCACCCACCCACACACUGUGCUUGGCCCCAGAGGAUGCCCAUUUCCCAUGAGUUACCGUAUUUUUCGCUCUAUAAGACGCACCAGACCACAAGAUGCACCUAGUUUUGGGAGGAGGAAAACAAGAAAAAUAUAUUCUGAAUCUCAGAAGCCAGAACAGCAAGAGGGAUCGCUGCGCAGCAAAAGCAGCCAUCCCUCUUGCUGUUCUGGCUUCUGGAAUAGCUGCGCAGCCUGCAUUCGCUCCAUAAGAUGCACACACAUUUCCCCUUACUUUUUAGGAGGGAAAAAGUGAGUCUUAUAGAGCAAAAAAUACGGUAUUUGUUGCUCAAGGAGGUACACUUUUGAUUUUAGUGUGAUUUUCCAUCUUCUCCUGAAAGAUUCCUGUUUUCCCAAGUAAACCUGUCCCACUAUUUUAGAACACUGGAAGACCACUGAUACUGGAAAUCUGUUUUCAUCCCCAACAGAAAUUCUAUAGUUUAGAAGAAUUGUGGUAGGAACUUCAGACCAGUAGUCUGUGUAAAAAGAAAUUCUGUAUUGUGUAAUCUAUUGCUGUACGGAUCAGACUGUAUGGUAAGAUACAAAGUAAAUGAUGGAAAGCAAGUAAGAUAAAUUGAGGAAGAAGGAUACUCGUUAAAUGUAGAAGCAUGCUUAUGAAAGAACACAAGGAAGUAUCGACCUUCCCUCCACAAAGUAAAGAGCAGCAGCUAUUUUACAUCCUUUGAUCUUUCUGUCCAUGUAUUUAGGAUCAAAUAAAUGUAAUUUGUGAAGAAUAAAUCUGAAAGUGACACUAUUUUCAACUGAUCUUGGAAACAUUUUUUUCAUUGAAAAUAGUAUUUGCUUUUGUAUCUAACAACUUCUGUGUGUAUAUAAUGCCAAAGUAACUUCCUCUUUGCAGACUUAACACUUCAGAAACUUAGAAUAAUGUUACUUGCUUUAUCCUCCAUCUGGUACAAUGCCUUCAAAAACCAGCAGCUUAGCAUAUCUUUAAUGAUAUGUUCACAAAUUUGUAUCUUUAAUUAGAGGGAAAUAAACUUUUGAAAUGCCAUAAAUCAAAAUUAUAUUUUACAAGUUUUACAAGUUACUUGUAAAAAAAAUGUAUUGAUGGUCUAAUAUUUAAUAUGAUUCUGAGAAAAAUCUGGUUUUGUUCACUUUAAAUAUUAUGUGCAGUGAUCCACUUCCAUACUUAAAUAUUAAUAUGGGAAAUUUUCUCCUCCAUAGGUUGAUGGGAAUGUGAGCAAAAUUUAUUGCCAAAAUCUUUGCUUGUUAGCAAAGCUCUUUCUGGACCACAAAACCUUAUAUUAUGAUGUUGAGCCAUUCCUUUUCUAUGUUCUCACAAAGAAUGAUGAAAAAGGAUGCCACUUAGUUGGGUACUUCUCCAAGGUAAAAGUUUGAUCUUAACAUCAUGAGAAUAUCUUGCUUUUGUGCCAAAGCAGUAACACUGCUGAUUUGGAAUGCAUAAUAUCAACCGAAAGCAAACACUGUUUUCUGAUUACAAACAAAUACAAUGCCAGUAUCAUUUUAAGAUCUCAAGUAUUCUCUCUUGGGCUUUAUUUAUCAUUCUACUAUAUUUUUUCACUUUAGAAUGUUUCCAUCAGGUGUGACAAAUCUCCUGUUUCGUUUGGCACUUCCAGUUUUGUUGUAGUUAUUACUUAUUUUGUUACUCAGGUAGUAUAGCAUCUCAUCAUGCCUUUUAUGACAAUUUUCUUUUAUUGUUUAGUGAAAAUUUAAGGUCUUUAGUCUGAAGAUUUUCUCUUGAGAUUCCACCCCCUGUAUACUCGGUGUCUACAUUGUCAUGUAUAUAUAAUUUGCUCUAUGUUCAUGUUUUAAUAAUAGUUUGUAGUUUUGUCAGCAAGUGCUCUCCCCACGCCAAGUUUUAAUUCCAGUCUGUCUUGUAUCUGGUUGUUUAUUCUAAAUGUUUCUCAAACUGUGGAAUGGGACCUGUCACUGAGCCUUGGGCCAGUUUCAAGUGGUCCCAGUGCCACAGCCCUGCCUAGUGUAGGAAUGGCAAAGGAGGAGACAAGAUAGAAGGUGCAUAUAAAGACAGCUUGAAUAAGUGAGACAGUCUAGGAGGUUUAGUUAAGUUACACUGGAGUUUAUUUUGAGGAUUUCCCUGUAAAGAAGCAGCUGUCUUGGGUUGUAGCAGCUGUUGAUGCAUAGUGGUUAGUGGCGCAGAGGCACUGAGAUUUUGAGUUAUCCCUGUUAGUCUCCCCAUACACGUGGUCUGGAUUUCAAGGAGAGUUCUGGGGUGUCUUUGCCAGCGUGACUCCUGCUUCUUACGUUCCUGCACCCUGCCAGGCACCCUGCCUGAUAGACGUAACUGCCCUGAAGAUCCCACUACACUAGCAUCUUACUGGGUUUGCCUUUGUUUUCAGCAGCCGGUUUAAUCUUUCCUCCUGCUGUUUUUGUAGACAUCAAUUUAUAUUUCUUUCUGGUCUGUGCCAUAUUCUGAUGGAAAUUUACUUGGUAUUCAAAGGUGGAUGCACCUGACUGUAUGAAAGCUGCGUGUGCUUCAAAUAUUACUUUAGAUAAACAGUUCUGUCAGUUAGAAGUAUUUGCUGAGAGACAGAUUAAAUGCUGGCAAAAAGCAGUAAGUUAUUUUAAUGUGGCCAUUACUUAUGAUCCAAACUGCUGUCUUCAGCAAACGUGUAGGUAUCAUCUGCCUUUUGUACAUUCCUGACACAAAAGUCAGGGCAGCAUGAGAAAAAAUGCCUUCUUUCUACUCCCUGGAUUUGAAAUUCACUCAUGCAGUUCCUUUUGGAUUUUUCUGUUGUUAAUUUCUGAGGUGCCAUCUCGUAAAAUAAAUCUUUUUGGAAGAUACAUUUGAUUUGCUGUUCUACUUCACCAGCGACAUUACUUUCUAGGGGCUUACUCUAUUUUCGUAUUGACCUGCUGCCUGUUUACCUUACUGGGCUAUUUUACAAAGGCAGAGGCAGGUGCAUGGAAUUGCCCACUUCAGCAGUGUUUUGACAUCCUUGAUCUGUUUCUCCUUCCCCCAGGAAAAGCUCUGCCAGCAGAAGUACAAUGUCUCCUGCAUAAUGAUCAUGCCCCAGUACCAAAGGCAAGGAUUUGGAAGAUUUCUCAUUGAUUUCAGUAAGUGAGCGGCUUUGUUUACAGUCAUAACCCUGAGAGCUGAUGGUGGUUAUGAGGAUACAGCUACAUAAAAACUUUAUUUAACCUGUUUUGUUGUUUGUUUUUUUAUCACUAGAUAAUGGGCUUUCUAUUUCUAUUUGCGUAGUGGCAGGAAAGCUCCCUCAAGUGAAAAAUCUAGUGCCUCUGUUGUACUGCAGGAAAUUGAGAAUGUGUCUCUCUGCAGUAAUAUUAACUCUCAGAGCUAUUACGCUGAAUGAAUUGUCUAAAUUGCAUUCAUUUUGUGCUGCUCAUUAGUACAAAGAGAAGCAAUUAUUUGUGAUUAAAGCAAAGGAAGGUGUUAGUCCAAGGCAUUCUCUAGUUUCCCAGUCUAUUAACAUGGAGUACAUUUUAGCUGAACAAUGCUUAUGAUGAGAGAGCGUAAUGUUUCAAUUUAUUAUUCCUUUUUUAAAAGAAUGUCAUUAACUCACUUCUGAAGUAAAAGCUACUAUUUGCUGCACAAUGUAUAAAUUGGUAUUCAGGGUUUAUAUCUUGUAUUCUUCAUCAUGCAGUUGCCCAUCUGACAUAAUUUUAAAAAUGUUGGAGCUAUUCAUAAUAUUUCAAUAUCAGUAAAAAACAAUUUGAUAAAACAAAUAGUAUAAUUCAAUAGGCAAGCGCCACAGCUCAAUGAUUUCAUUGACAUUUUGAACUGAACUUUGAAUUAUAGUUUGGAGAAAGGCUAUGAAAGCCAGGUUUUCGAAGCCAUGUGUUAGGGUACCCAAUUAUUUUUAAAGCUUCACAGUAAACAUAUAGCACUGUAUGUGGUUGGCUUUCUUCGGUGGAGGAACAUACAAGGUGAUUAAGAUGCAGAUCAAAUAUAAAUCUUAAGAAGGGAGGUAGCAGCCAACAGGGUUUCUUACUUGGCAGUUGCCCAUCAUGAGUUAUUGCUGGUGAUGCUUCAUACUCAAUGUGUUAUGCUUCCUUCUCAUGAUAGAAGCAGGUUGCCCCAUCCCUUCAAGCACUCUGCUUCUUCUGCCACAGCAAGUAUUGGCAGAUUGUUGUCACAGCAGGCACCCAUUUUCGGGGAGACAUGUGUCCUCAGCAAACUCACCCACUGAUCCCCCAUUUAAGGGAGACGGAAGGACAAGCUUCUCCAAGGCUUUUCUGGUUCCUGAAAUUUGCAUCUUUCUGGCUUCACUUGACUGGGAGGACUAAAUCUAGAUGUCCAGUGAAUUCUUCACCCAGAAUGUGAAGGAUUCCCAUAGAGAAGAGUGUUACCUUCCUAGAACUCCCUGGGGUUGUCUUCAGCCAUAUUGGUAUAAAGACUUCAGCCUUUCCCCCCCUCUGCUCUCUCACAAGGGAUAUUCACAGAGAUCUGAACAACUACAUAUUUUGCCCCAGCGUGCUUUGGUGCAGCCCAAGGCACAAGCUACGUUUGGGAAGGGGAGAAGGUUCCAGACUCACUAGGACCUAUUAUAUAUUGCAGACAGGGUUUCCAACCUUUUACCAACAACAUAAUUUUCCUUUCUCCCCUCCCACUUCUUCUUUUACAUCCAACCUGAGAGAGAGUUCUGUGAAACUCGAAAGGUAGCUCAGUAUUUGGUGAUUUUCAGAGGGUUCUUUUUUUAAAAAAAAUGAAGCUGAAGGAGGCUUGGGGUUAAAAGGCCAAGGUUAUAUUAAUAUGGGGUGCAGGUGAAUUUAAAUGCAUUGUAUCAUACUUGUUUCAAAAAUUAAACAGCAAAGGGUUUCCCAAACUUCUCCCAAAGAGCCUUGCUAAGGCAUUGGCACCCUGCUGUGCAGCAUUGCGUUCCUGUGACAGAACACAAUGGGGACAAUGCAUUAUGACAGAAUGUUGUUCAUAGUGACAUCCUUGUGGUGGGAUGAUGGUUGCUCCCCCCCCCCCAGUUGGUUUCAACCAUUGAAUUGUAGUAGGGGGGAUAAGGCCAGAAAGAUAAAAGAAGAAAAGCAAUAAUCUGCAUCAUAUUGAAAAGGCUUAGAUGAAAUUUGUUUAAAUUUACUUGCUCCACCUGAAAAAUUACUUUAAAAUUUCUAUUGUGAAGAAUGAAUUGAGAAUGUAAUUGAGGUAGGGGGAUAUUUAAGCACAUCUUGAGUUCUAAUCAAAGUUUUGUGCUUUUUUUUAAUUUGCCCCACCCUUUUUCAGCAGGGGUCGGUCCACUGUCCCUCAGACCUUGUGGGGGGCCAGACUAUAUGGGGGGGGGGAAAUGAACAAAUUCCUAUGCCCCACAAAUAACCCAGAGAUGCAUUUUAAAUAAAAGUACACAUUUUACUCAUGUAAAAACACCAGAUAGGCCCCACAAAUAACCCAGAGAUGCAUUUUAAAUAAAAGGAUACAUUCUACUCAUGUAAAAACACGCUGAUUCCCAGACUGUCGGCGGGCCAGAUUUAGAAGGCGAUUGGGCCGGAUCUGGCCCCUGGGCCUUAGUUUGCCUACCCGUUCUCUAGUGGAACAACAUGACUCCUUGCAUAUAUUUUUUUUGGGGGGGGAGCGUUCCAAAUCUAUGGGUAUAAGCUAUGGUGGGCUUUGUUCUUCAUGAGCAGAGGCUUCUAAUGAGGGGUGGCGUCAGUAAAAUCAUCAAAAUCAUAAUGUAGUGGAGGCUUCUCUGGGUUGUGCUGCAAGGCUUUAAUAGUGAGCAAAAACAGUUGCAUCAGGACAGAAAUUCAGGAGGGUGGAUUAGAUGGUUUGACUAGAUCAUAGUUUCCCUAGAUUCUCUAGAUGUUUUGGGACUACAAUUCCCAUCAUUCCUGACCACUCUUCUUGCUAGCUAGGGAUAAUGGGAGUUGUAAUCCAAAAACAGCUGGAGAUCUGAGUUUGGGAAACUCUGGACUAAGAGACCUCUGCUCUGCUCACAGAGUUGCCACCAUCUGCAGCCAUUCCACUGGCUGAAUCAAAGAGAAAAGUCUCACAUUAGCUCUUUCUAUCCCAGAAAAUUCCUGUGGUGAUCACUCUACCUGGGCAUUCUGAAAUGUUUUUUGUUCAUUAGUUCAUUUACUUUACUUUCCCCUCGCUUACCCGCUGCAUCCUGUUUGCAUAUUACUUGCAUUACAGUGGUACCUCGGGUUACAUAUGCUUCAGGUUACAGACUCCGCUAACCCAGAAAUAUUAACCUCGGGUUAAGAACUUUGCUUCAGGAUGAGAACAGAAAUCGUGUGGCGGCGCAGCAGCAGCAGCAGUGGGAGGCCCCAAUAGUUAAAGUGGUGCUUCAGGUUAAGAACAGUUUCAGGUUAAGAAAAGACCUCCAGAACGAAUUAAGUUCUUAACCCAAGGUACUUGCAACUGUAAACUUCCUAGAUGGCCCUGGGAGAAAUGCAGAAUAUAGAUACAGUAAAUGGUUAAUAAAAAGUUUGGCUACUGUAACACUUCAUUAUGUUUCUUUGGCUUGGGUAAUGCAGUGCUGUGUGAAGGGUAGACGUUCUGGUUGGUGUGUUAAUACUUAUAGUCCUUCAGUCUCUUUAGAUACAGUAAUUAACAAUAUUUUGAUGACAUGUGCAGCAAUCUGUUCAAAUAAGUGCAAGGGUUAUGUGAAUUAUUUCAUAUCGUAGGCAGUUCAGAUGACCCUUUGGCCCUGAAGAUGAGAUUGGGCACAUACACCAGGCUUACAGAUAUCCCUGUUGCUCUAGCAGUUGUUUCAGGGUUAGGGAGAUACAUAUAAGAUCUUCCACUCUUAACUUCUACCAAUGCGGAUUGGAGCAGGAAUCAAACCUGAGAACCAGACGCGCCCACUGUUCAUGUUGCCACAGCCAGAAUUUGGGUGGCCAAAUAAUGUAACAACAGGCAUUUUCGUAAAGUCAAUAAUCAUUUUCAGUAAUCAGUUUUAUUUCCCCUUGAUUUUGUUCCAUUUCCCCUCACAAUUAUCCUGCCUGCUUGUGUUUUCUAAUGGCUGUUCUUGCUACACAUCUCAGAAACAUGAGACUGCAGCUUCCACUUUCCAUUUUGUGGACUUUCAACUUUAGUGGCACACAGACUGAACGCUGUAGGACAUCAAUGCAUGUCAUUAGGCUGUAUAAUGAAGCGAAGAAAACCAGCAUGGCAGUCCUCAUCGUGGUUUGCAUAUGUUGCACGAAUAGCUCAAUUUCUAACUAUGCUCAUUAAUUGACUACCAAAUUGAGCUCCAUAUGCUACUCUUCACAGUCCUGGACAUGUGAUCAGCUGGAAUGAAAUUCUGCCUAAUCAAGGUAUGCAAACAGCUUUCAGUAUGUAUGGACAGUUGAGAAAAGUCCUGGGUCUAGAACGGUGGCCAUUGACUGAUACUUUAGAAGAAGGCAAAUAAGUAAAUGUUGAAUGCACCUUAAAAUACUGUUGUAAGUUGGAAAUACCCAAAGGCAACUAUUUUUAAAAAGUCAUUUGCAAGCUAGCAAGAACAGCAUGUUAAACUUCAUUUUUUAAUUAAAAAAAAUUAAACUCAACAAUUUAGCUUUUCUGUGCUGAUUUAAAUAUAUUAUCCAAGUAAAUGAAGGAGUAUCUCCACCCCCAUCAUUCAGCCCAGACACUGAGGUCCAGCUCCGAGGGCCUUUUGGUGGUUUCCUCCCUGUGAGAAGUGAGGUUACAGAGAACCAGGCAGAGAGCCUUCUUGGUAGUGGUGCCCACCCUGUGGAACGCCCUCCCAUCAGAUGUCAAGGAAAUAAACAACUAAUCUGACUUUUAGAAGACAUCUGAAGGCAAACCUGUUUAGGGAAGUUUUUAAUGUCUGAUGUUUUAUUGUAUUUUUAAUAUUUUGCUGGAAGCCACCCAGAGUGGCUGGGGAAACCCAGAUAAAUGGGCAGGGUAUAAAUAGUAAAUUGUUGUUGUCAUUUCCUGAAAAGUCCACAUCCUAUCUUGAAAUUGUGGUUUAAUGAAGAUCUGGUAAAGAUUAGGUUGUGCUCCACGAUCAAGUUCCGGCUUAAAUAGGGAACUACAGGGAUGCGGGUGGCGCUGUGGGUUAACCCACAGAGUCUAGGGCUUGCCGAUCAGAAGGUUGGUGGUUCGAAUCCCUGCGACCGGGUGAGCUCCUGUUGUUCGGUCCCAGCUCCUGCCCACCUUGCAGUUCGAAAGCACGUCAAAGUGCAAGUAGAUAAAUAAGUACUGCUCCGGUGGGAAGGUAAACAGCGUUUGCAUGCGCCGCUCUGGUUCGCCAGAAGCGGUUUAGUCAUGCUGGCCACAUGACCUGGAAGCUGUACACCAGCUCCCUCGGCCAGUAAAGAGAGAUGAGCGUCACAACCCCAUAUUGGUCCAGGACUGGACCUAAAGGUCAGGGGUCCCUUUACAGGACAAUGAGCCAUGCUAGCUAAGAGCCUCUUCAACUGCAGUAGGCAAUCCCUGUGACCAUCCCUGACCCCGUUGAAGCUUCCAGGACAGACUAGUUUUCUGGUCUGAGCAGCAAAGCGAUCCUUUUCCUAAUGUCCCAUGUUCCUGCUUUGCUCCAUAUCUUUCUGUAGGGGCAGGAAAUGGAUCCAACUUCAUUUAUUUAUUAAUUUUGGGGUAAGGUUUUAUGCACUGCAGUCAAGCUCCUUUCUCCUCACACUGGCUAAAUCAUGGCUUAAAGCUUGAUGCACUGGGCAUUGAGCUACAAAUAUUUUGCCAAAGAGGGCCAUUCCCUCUUAUUUAGAGAUAUUGAAGUAUUAAAAAUGACUUUUGUACUGAAGUGCAAGCAGAAGAGUGAAUAGGCUUUCCUACCCUAUAAAAGGAAGUCAGACCUACAAGUCAGGUUCUCUCUUGUGCUGGAGCAUGCUAUUUAGGAGAAAAGCUAAGUGGCUCUAGCUUGAGCUAAUAAACACAGUUCCCAAAUAGAAUAAUGAGCUGCCAAAGAUUGGGACCAUCCUUAGCAUCCCACCAAAGGUAGGGAGAAGAAAUGUGCAGCCUCUAAGAUGAUGUAAAGAAUGAAUGGUUACUUUUAGGGGGCAGCAUAAAGCAGGAAGUGAUUGCCUCUGGGUUUUUUUAGCUCACUCGUGCCUUUGCAGACUGCUUGGUUUGGUCCUACUUGCUCAAAAUGCCAUUUGUAUUGUUGUAUAGUAGGCAAAGGAAAACAACAAUGAACCAAAAGCAGCUGGCUGUUCCUUCAUGCAAAGGUACAAUUUGUUGUAAUUUUUUGAGAUUUGAGCUAUAGAUGGUGCGGAUAGGACCUUCCACUCAGUACAUAUGAUUCUUUUGAUUCUGAAUGCAAACUGGGCAUUGAGAUGCUCAGUGCACAUAAUGAGUCAACUUUCUUUGUACAAUCAUUUGCCCGGUGCUGCUGCUGCUUCUUCUUGUUGUUGUUGAAGGCUCUGAAAGUAUAUUUGUUUUCUGCUUUGUUACUCUUCAUGCUUAGAUUUUAUUGGUUUUUAUAAAAGCACAGGAAAUGUAAAAGGUUACUAGAUUUUGGAAACAAAACCAUGGCAUGUCAUACUUUCCUGCAACUGCUCUGAGUCAGACCCAAGCAGACUGAUGCCUGAUGACUAAUCAUCUUUCUUACUCCUGCUCAUUAUGUUGAAGCAACCUUCAUAUACACUUUCCAUUCUGUGACAUCUGUCUUCUUUUAAAAGAAUAUGAACAGGAAUCUACACAACAGUUUGGAUGACUGGCAAAAAAACCAUUUUUUAAUGGAUUGUUCUCUCAGAAUGUAGAUGUCUUAUCUGCCGUAUCUAUGGCUGACACCAUGUUCAUUAAAACUCCCAAUGACAUUAACUUGGGACACUACCCAUUUUUUGUGACAUGAUUGUGAUAUACCAGUGUUCAUUCUGCUGGUGCUGUGUGCCAUGCAGUGAGUCGGUAAAGCACAAACGGAGAGAAGCAAGUUGCCAAUUGCAAAAAUAUAUAUGAUACAUUGCCUUACUAUAGUGUGAUAUUGGAUUCAGAAUAAAAAGUAUAAUGUUAGAACAUCAAAAGGAAUUUAUUGGGGCAAAACCAAUGAAAUCAAAUAUACUAUGGUUAUCAUGGCAUUCUUGUGUCCAUCUUGUGAAUAUAUAAAUGGAAAUGUUCCAAGGAAAGCAAUAAAUACUCAGACAAUAUUUUCUGAACAUGCUAUUUAUAGUAGCAUAGAAAUGUGGAAGGGAUGGGGAAAGGAGGAGGAUUGAAACCUGGAUCAGAUUGGUAGAAGUCCCCUGUGGUGCUUCUGUGAAUGAAAGGAGGAGUUAACAAGAACUAUUCAUUAGAAGCAGCUACAUACAAACAAAUGAUAGAAUCGCAGAAUUGUAGAGUUGGAAGGUACACAGAGGGUCAUCUAGUCCAACCCCCUGCAGUCCAGGAAUCUCAACUAAAGCAUUCCUGACAGGUGGCCAAUCUCUGCUUAAAAACCUCCAAGGUAGGCUGAUCCACCCUAGGUGGGCUUCCAGACAGCUCUGGAGGAUUUCCAGGCUGAUACGACUGGUGCUCCUGUUGAAGCCCUGGCCAACAACUGGAACAUUGAAUGGCUUGGGCUGUUGACAAUAUAGCCCCUGAGCGCCUUCUCCCGCUUUGUAAAGCCCUUUUGGUUCCCUGAUACACCCCAGAACUUAGGGCAAGGAAUCAAGCUGGGUGAUGACUCAAACAUAAGCAGAGGGAAAUCUUGGUGAGGGCUCGUUAUCAAGCCUACCUAGUGGCAGUGAAGGCUGAAAAGGUGGCUUACUUUGCUGCCUCCCUUGCAUCCUCAUUGUGCCAUCCAGCACAGCUUUUCCGGGUAGUGCAGAGCCUGUUCCAGUCUAGCCCAAAGGAGGUGGCAGGAUGAACGGCAGCUUGCUGUAAUUUGUUUGCAAUGCAUUUUGAGGAUAAAAUUGCAUCCACAGGGAUCUUGACUACGCUGUUACAGCAGAUGAAUCACUAGAGGCAUCCAGAGCACAGUCUAGUCCUGCUGUGUUGGAUGAGUUUCAGUUGGUAAGGCUCAAGGAUGCAGGACAAGGUGCUUGAAUCAGUUAGUGUGACUUCUUGUGCUGUGGAGCCUUGCCCCUCAUGGCUGAUUAAAAGCUAGCAGGGAGGGGACAACUGGCUGGGCCAGGGAAGUGAUUAACUUGUGGUCUACUAAGACCCCUAGGUCCUUUUCACAUGUACUACUGGCAAUCCAGGUGUCCUCCAUCUUACAUUUGUGCAGCUGGAUCUUCCUAAGUGUAGAACCUUACGUUUGUCCCUGUUGAAAUUCAUUUUGUUUGUUUUGGUAUGAUAAAGAUUUUAAAAAGUUGAUUUCUUCAGUGCUUGGGAGGGUAGGAGCAGCUACCUCUAAAUUGUAGACAAUGAGCCAUCAUUAUUUAUUUCAUUGCUUUUCAACACGGAAAAAGGACCCCUUCUGGUGAUAAUCACUUGCAUUCAUUGGGAUUUAUCUCAAGCCUUUUUUGCUUUUGUGUCAUGUUUCCAGAUCUGUCUUUUAUUUGUGAACUUCUAUUUCACCAUGAAAAGCACAUCUCUCAAAAUUAGCUAGCACAAUCCAGAAUUAGGGUGGACAUACCAAUGCACAGAAGUGGAAUACCCCAGGUUAGAGUGCAGACACUAUUGAAAUAAAGUAUUUCAUACCAAUGCAUCUCUUCAGAAUGGUAAAAGUGUGUGAUGCAGCACCUUGAACACUUUGUGAUCAAAUACGUUAAUGAGAAGCUAAAAUCUUUUGAAGUAUGAUGGGAAGCACUUUACUAAUUACAACAUACUCUAGUUUUUCAAAAGUUUAUUCUACAUUUGUUACCUAAUGGAAUACAGCUGGCUGCUAAAAACCCUUCCCCACCUUCCCACCACCCACUUUAUCACUAAUUUUUUAACGUUCCAACAGCAGAAGCACUAAUGAAAGAGGGAUACAGAUAUCCUGUUGAGCGAUUGGUAUUUAACUGCAUAUUUGUACAGGGGGCAAACAUUGCUCACGCGUUUCAAAUUUAGAUGCAGCCUCUAGUUUGUCAAAUAUAGUCACUGGUGAAGUUGAUACAGUAGGAUUUCACCUGUAACAAUAGAGUCUCCAGCUUGAUUGGAGAGUUUGAGUGUCCCCAACCAGUGUCAUCAGUUUUGUGCUUAGGUCAUAAUUGCUUCAGGUCUGCCUUAGUGAUGGGGCAUGCUCUGUAUCAGAAGAGAUGGGAACAUGUGGAGUGAUUUGCUGGAUCAGAACUCCCACCUGUGACUAGUCAGAUCACUAUCUUGAUCCAUUUCAGGCUGCUUACAGGUCUAGUUUUAGAAAGAAAUCAGUCUUGGAUUACCUUUUAUCAGGGGAGGGACAAGGGGGGUAUGACCUUGUUGCUCUUAUUUAAUCUCUCAGCAGUUUUGAUGCCAUCAGCCAUGGUAUCUUCCUGGACCAGCUCUGUGGUAUGGACACAGUACUUCAGUGGUUGCAUUUCUGCCUACAGGCCUGUUUACAGAGAGUGGCAUUGGGUGACCGGCAUUGCUCACCUGGCAUUUUCACUAUGGGAGCACAUAAGAGUGCUAUCUUCUGUGAUGCUUUUUAACAUCUACUUGGGAGCUGUGAUUAGGAGAUUUGGAGCAAGGUGUCGCCAGUAUGCCGAUGACUCAGCUCUAUUUCUCUAACAUCCGAAUCAGGUGAGGCCGGGCGCUCCUGGAUCAGUGUCUGGAGUCAGUGAUGGGCUGGAUGAGGGCCAUUAAACUGAAGCUGAAUCCAGGCAAGAUGGAAACCCUGUGGAUGAGCGGUUCCCAAGUUCAGGAAAUAGGCCAGUUGUCUGUCCUUGAUGGGGUUGCACUUUCUCUGAAGGAGCAGGUAUGUAGCUUGGGAGUACUCCUAGAUUGUCCACAGUGGCCAGGAGUGUUUUCUCCUAGUUUGGGCUGGUACACCAGCUACAGCAGUUCCUGUACAAGAAUAGCUUGCCACAGUGGUGCAGGCCUUGUUAACCUUUAGAAUGAACUAACGCAAUGAAUUCUACAUAGAGCUGUCCUUGAUGAAGGUGGUGAAUGCUGCAACCCAACCUUUGGCUUGAACAACUCCAUAUCAGCAUAUUACACUGGUGCUGCCUGAAACCUGGAAGGAAGCUUUCAUAAUUCUGAUACCAAAACAAGAUCAAGAUAGAUCAAGUCUAAAAAACUAUAGACCAAUCUCAUUACUUAACGUGGAUUACAAAAUUUUUGCUAAUAUUUUGGCCAACAGGUUGAAGAAGGUAUUAACAGAUUACAGCCAUAAGGACCAGGCAGGAUUCCUGCCUGGAAGGCAUAUGACAGAUAAUAUUAGGAAUAUAAUUGAUCUAUUGGAAAGAUUGGAAGUUUAAAAAAACAGUAAAGCAAUGUUAAUGUUCAUUGAUGCAGAGAAGGCCUCCGUUAAUGUGUCCUGGAGUUUCAUGAAGAAGAAUUUAGAAAGUAUUGGGGUUGGACAAGACUUUAUAAAUGGUAUUAAUGUGAUCUAUUUUGAACAAAAGGCAAAAAUUAUAGUUAAUAAUGUGGUUUCAGAAGAAAUUAGAAUUGAAAAAGGAACCAGGCAAGGAGGCCCACUUCCCCCUCUGCUUUUUAUAACAGUGCUGGAGGUUUUGCUAAGUAUGCUAAGGAAGGAGGAAGAAGUUAAAGGUAUAACAGUAGGAUCUAAACAAUAUAAGUUAAAAGACUUUGCGGACAAUUUAGUGCUAACAUUACAAGAUCCAGACUCCAGUGCAGUAAAAGCACUGGAGCUGAUUCACGAGUUCGGGCAAGUAGCAGGAUUUAAGUUAAACAAGAGCAAAACGAAAGUAAUGGGGGAAAAAUUAGAUAUUGAGGAGAGAAAUAUUCUUCAAGAAAAGACUGGCCUAGUUUUUUAAAAAAAAGUACUUGGGGGUGAAUUUAUCGGUGAAAAUUUUGAAUUUAUAUGAAGAUAAUUAUGAGAAAUUAUGGAAAUAAAUUAAGAGAGAUCUGGAGAUUUAGUCAAAGUUAAAAUUGUCAUUAAUGGGCCGAUUAUCGGUGGUUAAGAUGAAUGUAUCGCCAAAGAUGUUGUUUUUAUUUCAAGCCUUACCAAUUAUUGAGAAUGUUAAAUAUUUUAAAGAAUGGCAGAAAGCAUUGUUAAAAUUUAUCUGGCAGGGGGAAAAACCCAGAAUUAAAUACAAAUUACUUACAGAUUUUCCCUGCCAGACCUGAAGAUAUACUUUGAAGCAGCAGCUUUCUGCUGGAUUAAGGAAUGGAUUCAACUAGACAAUGUUGAUGUUGUGGAUUUAGAGGGAUCUGAUAAUGUAUUUGGUUGGCAUGCAUAUUUAUGGUAUGAUAAGAUAAAUGCCCAUAAAGGUUUCAAAAACCAUGUAAUUAGAAAAUCACUAUAUAAUGUUUGGAUAAGAUAUAAAGAUCUUCUAGAAAGAAAAACACCCAGAUGGCUUUCGCCAAUAGAAGCAAAGGUCCAGAAAAAGUUAAAUAUGGAGAGUAAAUGGCUGAGAUAUUCUGAUUUAUUGUUGGAGGAUAAUGAAGGAUUUAAAUUAAGAUCAUUUGAUCAAGUUAAAGAUAAAUUGUAUUGGCUACAAUAUUAUCAGAUCAAUGAAAUGUAUAAGCUUGAUAAGAAAAAUGGUUUUGCAAUGGAAAAAACCAAAUUGGAAAUGGAGUUGCUAGAUACCAAUGUUAAAAACCUAUCUAAGAUGUAUAACUUAUUGUUGGAGUGACAUACAAAGGAUGAACAAGUGAAAUCUGAUGAUAGAUUGGGCAAGAGAUUUUGGACACAAUAUAAUGAUGGAAGAUUGGGAAUGGUUGUGGAAGAAAGGGGUUAAGUUUACUGCCUUCACUGUAUUAAAAGAAAAUAUUAUGAAAAUAAUGUACAGAUGGUACUUAACCCCAGUAAAAUUAGCAAAGAUUUAUCUUAGGAGUGAUAAUUUAUGUUGGAAAUGUAAAGAAAAAGAAGGUACCUUUUAUCAUAUGUGGUGGACAUGUCCUAAAGUGAAAGACUUCUGGGAAAAGAUUUAUAAUGAAUUGAAAAAAAUGUUGAAAUAUACAUUUAUUAAGAAACCAGAAGCCUUUCUACUUGGAGUAAUAGGACUGGAAUUGCCCAACAAGGAUGUUAGAUUGUUUUUGUAUGCCACAACUGCAGCAAGAAUUUUAUUAGCCAAAAAUUGGAAAACGCAAGAAAGUCCAACAAUAGAAGAAUGGCAGAUGAAGAUGUUGGACUUUUUGGAGCUGGCCGACCUGACUGGGAGAAUCCGCAAUCAGAAAGAAGAGGAACACCAAGAACAAUGGAAGAAAUUUAAAGACUAUUUAGCUAAAUAUUGUAAUAUAAGACAAGUAGAAGCUACUUGAAAGUACCAAUUAGGCUUAGGAAUAGAGUAUGAUUAAAUUGUAAAACAUUAUGGACCUAAAAAUUAUGAAAAGAAGUAAAGAUAGUAAUUGGAAGGAAUUAAUUGUCUUAGAAAGAAGAUAUUGGAAAACUUACAAGGGGAUACAAUGAAAUUCAGUUAGGGGGGAUUUGAGGAAGUCAGUUAACAAUGAAAACUAAAUUGGAUAUUAGAAGGAUUUUUUAAUCUUUUUUUCUCUUUUUUUCUUUUUAGUAUAUUUGUUAUAAAUUUGGAAAAUUAAUUUAAAAAAAAUUGGGGGAAAAAAACAUAUUACACUGUGUCAUGGUAUUGAUGGAGAAUGAAGGAGAGGAGGAGAGACAGACAGACAGAGGAAGGGGGGCAGGAAGUGGCGGUGGAGGAAAGAAGGGAAAGCCAGGAGGAGGGACAGCUCACAGAUGUUGGACCAGACCCUCAACACCGCACAGGAAGUUCUGGCACAGACAGUGAAACAAUGCCUGUUCCAUCUGCCAAGGAAAGGAGAGUGUUAAAGAGGAGGGGACAGAGACAUCACAUGAAAGUUCCACAUCUUUUCUGUUGGAGAAGGGCCGGGCAUAAGGCACUCCAAGAAUCUGAGCCGGAGGAUUCGGAUGCAUGAUUGUAACGUGCUGCUUGUACAUAUGUAAAAUAAAGACUGUAUAUAUGUAUCUCUGAGUGAGCAGAGGCAUUUCUUGCGGAGAGCGUUCACAAGCCAUCACACACUGGUGCUGAAAGCUCUGCACUGGCUGCCCGUAUAUUACUGAGCUAAGUUCAAGAUAAUUGCUCUUAGGGUAUGAAGCCCUGUGUAUGAAGUGCAUGAAUAGUGUAUGAAGAACAGGCUGCCUCCACAUACAUCAUUUUAUUUGUAUACUACCUCCCUGUAGUUAAAACCAGGCUCAAGACAGCUUACAACAUGGACAAAAUUACAUAGUUACAAAUAAAACAAAAAUCGUCACAAAUAAUAAAUAAAACCCAUAAAAAAGUACACAGCCAAAUCAUAACAAGAUCUAAAAAUAAAGAUACCAAAAUUUUUUUAAAAAAAAAAUACAGCCACAAAACCCAAACUAUGCCCCAACCCAAGAUUCUGUUGAGCUGCCUCAGUGUUUGUUGCUGGAGUCAGUCAAGGGCCCACCAUCCCAGGCUGGAUUGGGAAAGGCCUGCAAAGGAGGUGAGGCGUUUCCCCGUUCGUUUGAAAAUGUCUGUACAGGGGGAGAGAAAGGGUUAACAGGUAGACCAAUAGAAAAGCCAGAGGCGGUGCCUACCUGUUCAUAAAAGGGCUUAGCGGGAGGUUUGGGUUGGUUGGUUUUGGUUGGUUGGUUGGUUGGGAAACGCAGUUGGGAAAGCAGUUGGCAGACAGAUGGAACUAGAGAGACAGUUAGUGCAGUUGAUUCUUGUGUGAGGGGACGUAGAAGAGUUAGGGACAGAAUUAAAAUAAGACUAAGAAGGUAAAGAGUAACGACAUUUUGAAUGCAGUUCAAGUUUAUUUGUGUUUGCAAUAAACUACUCUUUGUUAACCUGACUAAGUGAUUUACCGGGGAGGACCUGGUUAGUGGCAGCAGAUUAGUCGUGGACAGGUCAAUAGUCCGUGAGACGACCGGGGCUCCGUAUGAACGCCACAGGAGGUCUUUCAGGACUCACUCAGCGACUGCCUUGUCCCUUAUACUGACCACUGUGGGCAUCUAAAGAAGCCCUCUUGACCAUCCCGUGGGAGCCACAUGUUCGUUUAGGUUUUGCUUGAGUCAAGUCUUUCAGCAGUAUUUUGGACCGCUUGAAGGGACAGGAUACCCAAAUCCUGUCUGUGAAGUCACCCCCACCCCCCAACCAGGCCUCAAAACCAAAUUUCCCUUUUCUCUCUUCUAAAAAAUCCACAGCUUCUGCUUUUCUCUGCUUUCUCACAAGAUGCUGCUGCAUAGGCAAAGUGUUACUUUUAUCAGUAUGAGAGAGCUUCAAAAAGGCUAAUGAAUGGACUCUAUCAAUGCCAAGAAUACUCAGGCCUGGGAACUGACUCUUAUCUCAUUCGGUUGCAACACAUCUUGGACACGCUGAAACGCAAGGCUUCUCAAUCCCCUUGGCUUCUCAUCCCCCUUUCAUGGGAAGGGUGCCAAGGGGGAGGGAACUGGAGGGGAAUAUAUGCUCUGUGCAAAUGGCUGUGAACUUGUGCUAAGCUUGUGAGUUAUCACGCUUGCUCCUUCUACCAGCCUGGAUGGUAGAAAUAAAGCUUUUUCUCUGAAAUUAUCCCUUGAGUGUCUGUUUGACUCCCAUUUCCCUGUCCCGGGCGCAAUGCUCUUCCCACCCGAGGGCAAAGCCUGAAAAGGCUACAUUUCUUGGUGCGUUGGCCGGGAAUCGAACCCGGGUCAACUGCUUGGAAGGCAGUUAUGCUCACCACUAUACCACCAACGCUUAUUCCUAUUGAGAUUAGAUGAGCAAUUGCAACUCUGAUCUUUUGUCAUCUGUUAAAAACAUAUUUGCUUUCAUCAAGCAUUUUUAGAGAAUUGAUUCAGUUCAUUGUUUGUCAUUCGGUGCUGUAUUUUAUGAUUUUAUUGUCCUUGGUAACUCCACCGCAAUACUUUUCUUAGGAGUUGGCAGUUUAUAGAUAUAAAGAAAGCUCAGGAACAUGAAAGUUUCAUUCAGAACCAAUACACCACGCUAUUUGUUUGAUCCCCUUUUAGCUCUUUCCAGACAAAACACGAGCUGUAACCAAGGCUUACAACUCAUUUUCCCAGGUUCUGACUAUGGCUUAGCUCAUUAAAUCAUAGAAAUAAAAUCACUUCCAUGGAUCUGUACUUGAGUGUUGUAUGUGUUGUUUUAUUACAAAGUGUAUGAUACCAUAAAUGUUGUCCUAAUGUAAUAGGAGACAUUCUUUCUUAUGCUUGAUGUAUAGGUGUCUCAAUUUCUUAUAAAGUACUGCAAACACCAAUAUGAACAUUGAACAUUCAUAUAUACCCCUUCUAAAUAACUUUUUCGGUUUUUAUAUAAAACUUUGCAGUUGUCAAAACACAUUUAGAUCCAGUGGCACCCCUUGUCAUGUAGGUCUUAAAGAACUUGUUGCUUUUUAAAGACAACAUUGAAUCCACUUGGUUCAUUAGGGCAGCCAAUCACUUUUCAGUCAUGGGUGGCUGAUAUUUGUGAAUAGUGUACAAUUGCCUUGAUGAACCAACUGGGCUGUGAAUGUCAUUCUUAAAGAUACAUGGCUAAUUGGUUCAUCCGGAUAGUCGGCAGUUACAGAGCCAACAAAGGUUUCUAUCUAUGCUGGUUGGACUGUCACGUGAGAAGAAAGAAGCCAUGCUUUUGGAAUUGCUGUUGUCUGCUACCAAUUAUAAAUCUUAAGGUAAUGACCGGCCUACUCUUUUUGUGUUUUAUGGUUAAAAAUAUGCAGCCAUUUUCCCUACAUGCCUAUCUGUUCUUCUACCACUCUUUUGCCCCUACUCCAAGACAGGAAACAUAAAAGAAGAUCUUAGUGGUUGAUCCUGGGAAAUAGUUUCUUACUGAAAUCAAGAGUUAUGUUGUGUUUAUGUGUCAGAUGCUGGAUAAAGUGAGGCUUUUCCCAUUGAAUGGGUGCUAAUGGCCCACAAACAUUGCAGCUUGCCAGAGAGAAUGAUUCCCCCUCUCUUUCCCAUCCCUGUGUUAUUCUGAGGGGUUCUCCUAGCUCCCCCCCCCAACCAUUUUUUUGGAGGGUGGGUGUGUGGAUGAUCCAUUGUGCAAACAGAUGUCUUUGUCCAGGGCUUCUGCUGAUGGGAGCUGAUAGCAAUUUCCCCCAGAGACUUGAUUUUUCCGUACAGGCUUUUUUACCCGUACAGGGAAAUUUUAACAGCUAUAUGCAAAUAUUUUGAGAGUUUUAGCCUUGGGAAUAGAAAUGGGCCAGGGCAGGGUAUAUCUAGCUAGUUUUGAAGUAUAAUAAACUGGAUGUUAUAUACCAUUUUUAAGUUAGUAUUUUGCAGAAAGUCUGCAUUGUUUAUCUGCUUAUGUAGAUUCCAGAAGGAUUUUAUCGCAGAUUAAAAAGUUAAUGAUAGUAAAUUGAGCUGUCCACAAUAGUUGCAUUAAUGAGUUUUCUUCAAUUUUGUUCCAUUCUAGCCAUAGUGCUUCUUUUCUAAUUGACUAAUCCACAUGAUGAAUGAAAUGAAAUGCAGUAUAUGGGAGGGUAUGGAGUUCACUGCAUGCUUUGUGAGCAUGGAAGCCCUAGAUCUUAUUCUUGCACUAUUGAAGCAUUCUGGAUGACAGAACAGGUUGAAGCCUUUGUCUGAGAUCUCGGAGGGCUGAAAUUGAGAUCCACAGCUCCCUUCUCCACCUCAGUCUGUCAGCUUUGAUAGUACAGAGCUUAAUUGAUCUAUUGGUUUGAUGAAAUUCCUUUACAUAUGCUAGAUUAGUAUGACAAAACUAGGAAUUCCAUUGUGAUCUGGAUUGAGCUUUCUAAUUAAGAUAGGUGAUCGGGCUAGAUUGCUAAAUGUUUGUUCCUCUGGCUAACAGCUUGAUUACAGACUUUAAAAAUACAUAGACCUGGCAGUCUUGGUCUAAUGCCAUAUAUUCCUUUGAAGAGAAGGCACCAGCUUCAUUUUGUCUUGUAACAAGCAAUUGUAUCUAACAGUUGUCUGCUGCAGACAUAAUACUGUGCUCAUUAAAACACAGCCGGCUUGGCUAUUCUCCAAUUAGGCUAUAGAUUCUCAAGGAAUCCUAUAGGAUUAAGGAUAUCCACUGAUUAGACAAGAUGGAUAUUACAGCAUUGGAGUGAUCUAUUUAACAGGGACAUGUUGUACUUAUUUCAGAUACUUCAGGAUAAAUACACGAGCAUCCAAGAUCAAUGUUUUUUAUUUACCUGCAACUUAGAUCAAUUAUUUGGAAUCUUUUUGGUAAGUUUAACUUAAUGGAUGUAACUUAAAUCACACAACCAAUUAACUAAUGUAUGCUGUAAGUAAAUUGAGCCUUGUAGUUAAUGUGUUGUUGCUUUCCGCGUACUUAGGUUGACAUUUGUGAAGUCGCAAGUGCCAGAGAAGAAGCUGCCUUCCUCUGUAAGAGCAGAAAGUCACAAAGUGUUGUGGUACUUUGUUGUACUGUGAGCUUCGGAAAGAUUACUCCUACCUUCCUUUAUAGGUCCAUAGUAACUCUCUAAGCCCCAAGGUAGGAAGGUGGUGAAUUUUGUCCAAAAGAAUGCUACAGGCCAGAGUGCAAAUUUGGGUAGCAGUUUAUAGUCUACAGAAUUUCAGAGUUAUUUGAAGCAGGUUAUAUAUCCUUUAAACAGUAAAGUUCAAACUUUACACCUUCAGGGAACAAUUUCUACAUUGACUUUUCUGCAACACACCCCUUGUACAUUGCAGAGGAUUAUGAGACAUGUUUUAGUUCAUGCAGAUAAUGUAGGGCACUGGCCAAGCCUCUUGGGCCUCACAGUUUGGCUCAUGUGAAUUGGGUGUGCCCUCAAACUCUCUCAGCUUUCCUGAAGCUGUGCACUAGAAGGGAAGAUUGGGAGCAGUGGGCAUGUCCUGCUUUCUUACUGAAAAUAAUGUUUCUUUGAAGAACCUCACAAGUUCCAAGGAACCCCAGGACUCCCCAGAAAACAGCUUGAACAGUUUGCCAUUCGGUGUGCCAUUUUUAAUAAACGCUCCUGUUAGCAAGCUGUUGCUCAUGUUAGAAAACUAUAAUAGGUCUUGAAAGUAUUAGCUCUUUGAAUUUUUGUUGUAUCUCUAGAAGUCAGGAACUUGAGCCCAUAAAUAUAUAGAACACAUCAGUUGUCUGUAUGGUGCUGUAUCUCCAGUAGUAGAUAUUUUCAUAUUGCUGAAAGUUAGUGUAGGUUGGUGGCUAAAGUGAUGGAGGGAAUCUCUGAUUUGGGAAUCUCUGAUUUGAGUCUCACUUGGUUGCCCUAGUCAACCCACUAUCUCAGCCUCAUUCCAACAUCUGUCAUAUGGGGGAAAUAAUGCUGAUUUAUAUUACAGGCUUAUAAGAAUUACAGCACAAUAAUUCAUGUGAAGUGCUAUGUAAAUGUUGAGUGUAACAAGCCAGCAUUCUGAGAGUUGUCAAACCUCAUGUUCAAACAUCAGAUUUGUUUGAUAAAUUGAAACAAAAUCCGUUAGGAGAAGGGGUCUGUCUAUAUGGGUUCACAAACUGAGCUUUACCUUGCACAUAUACUUGAAUUGUUGUUUGUUGUACAUACAGAAAGAGUUCCUAGUUCAAAAAGUCAUGUGACAAUAUUAGAAGUUGACAGGGAAGAGAACCUUGAUGCCUAAAUUGUACAGAGAUUUAAUCUACACCAUGAUGAAGACUUUAAAAUACUAGGAAGCUGUAAUUAUUUAUUAGCUCUUUCAUUGGAUACUCCAACAUGGUUGCAUAGAAAAAAAUACUUGCCUGGUGUUAGUGCUAACAGCAGAGUUCAUUUUAUAAAUAUACUAUUAGUGUUGUGUGUAUGUCAUUACCUUUGCUCUGUUUUUAUACUUAAGCUUCUUCAUAUUCUGAAGAUUUUAACAGGUAUAUUGACAUUAACAUUCAGAGAAAUACUUGUGAUUACUGCUUCCUUGUUUUGAUAAAUCAUUUAUUUGGAUUUUAGAAACUAAAUGAUGGUAAAGGUAUGUUUUUGUAAACAAACAAACAGGUUUUUUAUACCUGUAGCUAUGGAUACAUUUUAACACCUCUGAGUUGCUUGUUACAUUUCAUUAGAAAGAGCAUGUAGGACAGAGAGAUCAAUAGGAUUAUCUUGGAUUCUCUGUUGAUGCCCUGCUUGCAAGCUUCAGGGUUCAUGUGAAUUAAACCAAAAAGGUUUUUGUGUGUGUGUUGAAUUCCCUCCCUAAACUUAUUUUUCCAUCUGGUCAAUAAUAAAAAUUCAGAUGUGAAUGUUCAGGACAUCCUCCUAUAUAUCUAUUUUGUGUAAUGAUGAUGCUAAUUUCCAGUUGGGAGAGUUCAAAAUACAAAUUCCUCCAAUUAAGAAAGUCUCAUCCCAUUUUUAUCUUGGUCCCGGUCCCAUUGAAUUUUAAUCUGGCUUGAAGUGAGGUUCCACUCUACUGCUAGCCAGCCUUCUCUACCAGUUCAACUGUUACUUUCCAAGUAACUUAGCUCUGAAAAGAGAGAUGAGUGCCUCUUGGUGAUGUGGGCUUCCUAGGCAUGUUUUGGAAGGGAGUGUGGGAUUUGUAGUUUCCUCUGCUUUCCCAAUUCAAUUUGGAUGGAAGAGAAUCUAAGACGAUCCUACUGGAUUAGACAAAUGACCCAUCUAAUCCACAGCCCUGUUCUCACAGUGGCCAACCAGAUACCUGUGGGAAACUUACAAGCAGGAGCUGAGUGCAAGAGAAUUCACCCUUCCUGCAGAUUCCAUCAACUGGUAUUCAGAAGCUUACUGCCACUGACCAAACCCCAUGCUCCCUUGCAGGAAAGAAUAUUUCUGAGCAUGCUUGAAAGCAAUAGCGUUCAUUUAGAAAUAGACCAAUGUGUAAUCUUCGGCGAGUUGUCCCAGUGACCAGUUACUCCUCCUUUUCUCAAAGUGAAGAGGUUGUGUUCUUCUGUUUUGCUUGAGAACGUGUAUGGGGAGUAGCAGAGGAAGGGGUAUGUGUGAGCUUCAUCCAUUUCUUAAAUAAGCUUUUUUUAAAAAGCUUGAGGAAAAAAUGAGUUUUGAGGCAAGCCAAGAAGAGUUCGCUCAUCAGUACAGUGGAACCUCGGCUUUUGAGCAUCUCAGAAGCUGAACAAUUCGGAACCCGAACGUCAAAAACCCGGAAGUAAUUGCUUACGUUUUUGAAUGUGCCUCGGAAAUCAAAGAGCUUUCAAGGCGCGUUUUUCAUUUUUUUCCCCCCAUUGACUUUGCAGCCAGCCCAUUGAUCCUCAGUUUUCGAAUGUUUCGGAAGCCAAACAGUCUUGCAGAAUGGAUUAUGUUCAAAAACCGAGGUUCCACUGUACUUUGGUAUGAGAAACUUGAGAAAAAUAUUCUCCAGUGGUCUUUGAUGUUGCUGUUUGCUGUGGAAUACUCAUUUUACUGUUGCUUUGAAUGACUAUUUUUUUAAAGGAUGGGUUCUAAACACUUGUGGCUGAUUGCAUUGGUGACAUAUUUGUGAUUUUUGCCUCCACCUCUUCUGCUAGGUUACUUACUUUCUAGAAGAGAGGGACAAGCAGGAUCUCCUGAAAAGCCACUCUCUGAUCUGGGUCGUGUCUCCUACUUAGCCUAUUGGAAAAGUGUCGUCUUGGAAUAUCUCUAUUGCCAUCAUGAGAAACAGAUCAGCAUCAAGGGCAUGAGCCGAGCAACGGGAAUGUGUCCCCAUGACAUUGCCACCACCCUGCAGCACCACAGCAUGAUAGACAGAAAAGAAGAAAAGUCAGUAAACAUUGUUGUUGCUUGAGUAGCUACCUUCUGAAUUGCAUUUGCCAACCAUGUUGCCUGCUUCCGUUUUAUACAUUUUGCUAGCUUUUGAUCUCCCUUUUGCAUAUGAGAAGCCCAUAUGUUGAGGGUUUACAGUCACAAUUGUGCCCGUGGAGGGCAUUCUGAAUUCAGAGAGGCUCCUUCAUUGGAACUGCAUAGACAGAGAGUACAGUAUCGGUAAGAUAAAGGCUGUUCAUAAGCAUAGUGUUUCUUUCAGCCAUUGUGGCUUUCAAAAACGAAAAAGUGUCAGUGCGGUCAGGUGACUGCUGGAAUAUAUUUCCACAACCUGUUCUUUCUUGGGAAUCUAUGCCCUAUAACGAUCCCACGUAGUGAGAGGGUAGCACUUGCCACCGUCAUCUGGGAAAGAGUCUUUACCUCCCAGGAGUAUAUAUGUCAGGCACCAAUCUGGACAUGCCCCCUUACAUGGAGCAGGUAUUACAAGGUAGACCUUCUUCAUUGGAAAGCACCUUUGAGAGAAGAGGUAUGCAGAGUCUUUCAAUCCAGAACAGAGUAGGACAUCCACGAGUUGUUUCCCUAUCUCCCAGCACGCACACAUACAGUGGUACCUCGCAAGACGAAUGCCUCUCAAGACGAAAAACUCGCAAGAUGAAAGAGUUUUUCGUUUUUUGAGUUGCUUCGCAAGAAUUUCCCUAUGGGCUUGCUUCGCAAGACGGAAACGUCUUGCAAGUUUGUUUCCUUUUUCUUAAAACCGUUACAGUAAUACAGGGUGCAUUGCUUGAAGAGGUGCAGUUGCGACUUGACUUCGGGGAGCAACUCAUAGCACGCCGUGUGGUAGCCUUUUUUGAGGUUUUUGAAGAUUUUUUUGAAAAAAUUGAAACCGUGCUUCGCAAGACGAAAAAAUUCACAAGACGAAAAAACUCGCAGAACGAAUUAAUUUCGUCUUGCGAGGCACCACUGUAUGCCCCUCAUUCCCAAGGAGAGACUUGUUUUCUAGAGAAAGAAAAAAGAUUUACUGGAAAGUUCAACAAGCAUCUGUUCGUCCUUCCUUCCUUCUUUCAUUCCUUCCGCACCACCAUUUUCAGUGUGGAUAUAUAAAGAAUGAACUGAUCUUGCCAAUUCAUCCAUCCUCCCACCCCCCAUCUUCUCAUUUGACUCUUGCUGUUUCACCAAACCUCAAGCUUGUUUCUACUAGGUAACCUGUUGAACCUGUUUUGACCUGUUCUGUCUUCCUAGCAUAGUUAUGCUAUGAUGCUUGAUUCUGUGGCUAUCUUAAUUGACUGUAGACUUCAGGCUGUUUUGUUAAUGGGAGUAAUAGACUGGCAUAAAUGGCUUCUUUUCCAUAAGCUGCCUUGAGCACACUCCCAUGGAAAGGUAGAUAUGCAUUUAAUUAAUAAGCAAGCUCCCAAAUCGAAACUUGUUAUAACUAAACAUAUGCUUCCAUCUGCUUUGUGUACAUUUUUAUAUUUCUUAAUAUCUGAUGUGUUUAAAUUGUAGAUUUAUAGUAAUUAGAAGGGAGAAACUGAUUUCAAACCACAUGGAGAAACUGAAAACCAACCCACGCAUGAAUGAAGUAGAUCCAGAAAGCUUGAGGUGGACUCCUCUUUUGGUUCCUAAUGCAGCAGUUUCAGAGGAAGAGAGAGAAGCUGAAAAAGAGGUAAUAGGGGACACACACUAAGUCUUCUAAUGUACAUCCUAAACAUUUAAGUGGAUAUGUCAUAAGACAACUGGUGUAGCAUAUUAAGUGAUAGGAGAUGUCCUAGCUGCUCAUACAGCAAGCUGGGCAAUGGCACAGCAUGCUCUUGGGUUUAUUUAUAUAGCUCCAUUGAUCUAGAUAGUGCUACAUAGUAGCAUAAGGAAAUGACAAGUUUUUACUCCAAGGAGCUUAAGAUCUAAAUUUAGACAACGGUGAGGAAGUGAGGCAGAGACAGUGGAAAUGAACCUGUGGAGAGGAAUACGAGCAAAUGUCAUUGCACGUUAUGAGGCUUUAUUUCAACUAGGGGGGAGGCCUUAAGGGUUAAGCCAAAGACCUCAUGGAGGGAGGGAGUUUUGAGGUAUGUCUUGAGUAAAGAGUGAUAGAGGAACGAUACCAUGUAGAAUUAGCAUUGUGAAUCUUCUAAGAAAGAGUUCUAGGCAAGAAGGAGCAGGACAAAGAAUUGGCAGGGUAGUUUUGUUUUAAGAGUAGAAAAGUAAGGGCCAGGAAGAGAAGGAUGAGGAUAAGAGAGUGGCGAAAGAUUUUAUCAGCAGAGUUGUGGAUAACGGUGAGCUGUUUGGAAUGCGAUAAGGAAGGGCCAGAAGGAGGGAGGAUGCAGUAGUCAAGGCAUGAAGUGGCCAAGGUAUAUCCUAGAAUUAUAGCCAAUAGGACAGAGAGAAAGUGUGUUGAAUUUUCAUUACUGUAUUAUCUGGUGUGAAGGGGAAUGGCUCUGACACAUGAUAUGAGCAGCAAAGGAAGGGGAAUAAUCAAAAUUAAACAAUAUUCUGUUCCUUGUUUCACAAAUGGUGCUGAGAUAUAAAAAUAGCACAUUUCAAGAAGUAAAAUAGUAUAAGCUAGUGGACUCCAGUACUAUCCAUUUGUUUGGGAAAAAUGCUUGAGAGAGAAGUUGUAAACCUUGGAAUUUGGAGUGUGGGUAUAAAGCCUGAAAAACCUGAAAGAUCAAUAUGGAAUAGUUUUUAUUCUGCCCCCUACCCCCUUCUAAAGUGUUGUUACAUUCAUGGACUGGAGCCAGUUGGGUACAGUGCUCAAAGGCUUAUUGUGUCAAUCAAUUAUUUUGUGUUUAUGAAGUUGUUCAAAGUGAUCCAUGUCAGAGGGCUUGUAAUGUAGUGCUAGAAGAACUAAAAUCAAUUUGUUGCUUCAUUAAUAGUGCUAAAUAUCCCAUGAAACGCAGCCUUUUGGGAUUUAUUAUCCAGUUUUAGAAAAACCACUAGGAUGAAUUGGCCUAGAUGCUGUUGCUUGGGUAGCUUUCAGCACUAAUCAGGGUUGACUUAUUGUAACUUUUUUUUAAAAGCUGAACUAAAAGAAUAACAGCUAAGCACUGUUUCGGUGACCCAUUAUUUUAACCUCUCUGCCCCUCAGGCUGAGCGACUGAUGGAACAAGCAAGCUGCUGGGAAAAGGAAGAGCAAGAGCUGUUCUCCACGAGAGCUAAUAGGCAAUUGCCUGCAAAAGUGCAAUCUAAAAACAAGUAUCUGCGACCUCCAGAGAAUAUAACAGUAUUAGCAGAGCGAGGGCAGACCACUGAUCUGCCAAAAGAAAGCAGUGGGGAGGAAGAGGAGGAGGAGGAGGAAGAGGAGGAAGAGGAAGAAGAGGAGGAUGUGGAUGGGCAUCGUCAAAAUUCUCCUCCAAGGCUGGCAAAGCCUCAGAUGCUUGCUGUGAAGAGAAAGGUCAGUUGUUUUUUAAAUUGGGGUAGACUCCACUGUAACAAUGACAGUCCAAAGACUCUUAACAGGACUUUGCACGGCAUGGACUUCAUAGGGACGCAUAUGUUUUAAAUAAGUAACUAAAUCUCUUUGCAAUAAUCUAUUUCACAGAAGACAAAGCAUGCCCAACAGCUUGAGUUGAGAAUAAAACAGAAAUGUAGUCUGACCAUUCUUUUGAUCCAACAUUUUUAUUCUGUAAUCUGAUUCUGAAUACCCAUUUCACAGAAGCCGAGCUGAUUAAUUUCUCCAGAUCAGCCCUAAAUUCCUUUCUCUACUAGAGGGGCCAGUUCAAGGAGUCCUGCUAGCACAGUGGGGCUUCCCUCCUGCGUGCAGCCUGAGCACCCCCUAAAUCCAUUUACGAGGAGAUUGCAGGAGAGGGGAUUGUUCCAUCUGACAAGCAGACAUGCUUGCACUAAUUAAGCAAUCAUAAUAGUGCAACAUUGAACUCCACCUGAGGUCUUUCAGAUCUGAUUUUGGGGGUGGAAGCAUUUACAUUUCCCUUUCUGUCUUAAAUGCCUUUCCUGUAUGUUGUCUUAAUAAUUUUCAUUCCAUUUAGACUUUUACCAAUAAAAUCAAGAGCUGUAUAAAAAUAUUGCCCUCUGCUGGUUGCCUGUAGUGUUAAUUGUAAUUAUUGCCAUUCAAAUACCAUAUAUUUGUUUUUUUGAAGGUUCAGUAUGCUAUUCUAUGGCAUAGUAGAAUUCAUGAACACAAAAAUAGGAGGUUAGGUAUUAGCAUUAGGAUGUGUCUUUUGUGUCUCACCCCAGUCCUAAAUUAGCCCUGUCUGAAGAAGUACCUUCUAGUCUUGGCCAUGUUCCCUCUUUUUCUUGCUAGCUAAAACAUUGACGUGCAUAGUCACACCUUUUGCAUUGGGCAAUAACACAAAGAUAACUACCCUUUGGUCUCUUGCUCUCACACAGUAACAGUUUAUAAUUCUAAAUUAAUUCAAUAUCCACUAAACUGUAAACUUCGAAAUAGCAAAAUAACUGUCUUUAGCAUAGUUUUAGUUGGCUUUCAAUAUUUACAGUAUUUAGAGAAACUUCACUGUGAAUAUUCAGGUUACAUUUCUGUGUAAUCUAAAUUGUAUGUGCAGCUAGAGUUAAAUAGAUUAGAAAUACACAUUGAGGCAACUGGUACUCUUUUGGCACCAGUAGGUGGUGUUGCCUUAGUCCACAUUGUUCUUCACUGUGGUAUAUACUGGUAUUGGUGUUCUUAUUCAGUAAAGUGUUUGGUGGAGAUGUCAGCAUUUCACAGCAGCUCCCAAAGCACAUAGAGCUGUUUUUGAGUGAAUAACAGAGAUUGAGAUUUAAAUGUUGUAAAGAGGAAUGUAUGUAGAAGAGUUAGCUGGAACAGAGCCAGUGACAUUUGAACUGUCAUGUAGGCUGGACUGCCGUGAGUAUACAUCACAAAACUUGUUUGGUUUAGCAGAAAGGAUGUUGGUUCUUUGCCCAACUUUCACAUUUUUAACAUUAUUUUUAGAGACCUUUCAUCUUGAAAAAGAAAAGGGGUCGUAAACGCAGAAAGAUUAAUAGCAGUGUUACAACAGAGACAAUUUCUGAAACCACAGAAGUUUUGGAUGAGCCCUUUGAUAACUUGGAAGAAGAGCAGCCCAUGACACAGCUGGAGCCCACUUGUGAGAUAGAUGGGGAAGACGAUGAAUCUAAACCUGGGAUUCCAGAAGCGUUCCAGUGUCAGUCCGAGGAGAAGGAAGAAAAUGAGCUGGAAGAGGAGGAGCAGGAGAAAGACAAUCACUGUUACCAAAAUGAUACUCCAUGCAGAGGUGAGUGCAAAAUAGAUUUUGUCUGCAGUUCUGUAUACAUAGACCUGGAAGCAAACCCCAAUGAAUUCAGCGGGACUUGCUUCUGAAUAAACAUGCAUAGGAUUGAGUCUUCCAGUUGUCUUUCACAGGCUGUUUUCACAUCAGUUCAAAGAAAUCAGACUUGCGAUAGCUUUGGUACCAUUUGUUAACAUAUACUUUGCAACUUCUUAUUUAAACUGUGAAGCCCUUUUGACAAGUGACACUUAGUCCUGUGUCUUGCUUUUAUUGAAAGGCUGAAUAGCUUCUUAAAUUUUCUUUCUCCCCUUAAACUGCAAUUUAGCCAUUUUAAUCUGUAAGGUUCCUUUUCAUAUUCUGUAACCAACGCCUUUGAAAUUUCUUUCAAAUUGAAGAAUGCUUGGUCCUGCCACUGUAGAAUAAAACAGUUUUCCUUCAGUGGAUGAGAGGUUGGAAUAUUCUCUCCUCCACUGGGUAGGGCUGGCCGACCAUAAUUUAUAUCAUCUUCCAGUUAUCCCAGUGUUCACUAGGAGGGCUUGUCUCUUGUGCUUUUGCUCCCAAUGCACAACAGUGGAGUGGGCUGCUUUCUGCUGCUUUCUUUUUGGCCUUCCUUUGGCCCGUUCCCUUACUUUCCCCAGACCUGUUAGUUGGCAGGGAAGGAAGGAGACCAAUGUGCAGGGGAGCAGAAGCUACAAAGCUAGCACAGAGAGAAGCAGCCACAUGCCAGCAGUUUGCUCUGAAUCAGGUAAAAGGACUGGGUAAUCGGGAUGCAGCAAGCAUGCAAAUUGGCUCACAUAGAAUUGAAUGGGCCAGAAACAUCAACAGAGGGCUACGUUGAGUCGGAGGAAUGUGAUGCAGCCGUUCUGAAGGAUUUCCUGUAGAGGACCCCCACAAGUCGGUAACUGGCAGUCUUCCUCUUGAUUCUAGGGUCUCUGGAGUGUGCUCAGAUGACUUGACCCUCUGGUACUGCAGUUUCCAAGCCAAUAGAGUGUCUUCCCUGUAGUUCCUUGUAGUCAUAGGCAGUCGGAGUCACCUAGAGAAGCUGCUCCUUCCCCAAGUACAGGCAGCCAAAGAUCAUGCAGGUUUCAAUGCAGGCACAGAGAUCUCUCAAUGCAUAGAUGUCCCUAGGAUAUUGUUAAGUUCAAUGGUUGUGUAAUAGAGUGUGUCCCCUGGGCCCUUAUCUCACUCCAGACCUUUACAGUAGCUCCUGUAGUCCCACCAGGGAGGACCUCAUGUGCUUCUACAACUGGAGUGAGGAACCUGUGUCCCUUCAGGUCUACUGGACUCCCAUCGUCCCUGACUACAGGCCAUACUGGCUGGGGCUGAUGGGAGUUGGAGUCCAGCAACAUUCAGAGGCUCACUUUUAUUCUACAUGCUUGUCUCUCUCUGCACAUGUGAAUGCCUUGAUUGGUGAAUCAGGUAGCAUCAUCUUGCCAUAGAUUAAGCUUUUCAGUUCCCAGCAGAUCAUCACGGAUAUGAGCCUCUCCUUUCAGGAGCCCAUUUCAGCACGCAGUCUGUAGUUUGUGGGGAGAGGCUACCCAUAGCAACACAUUACUACUACUUCAAGCCACAGGCUUAUCCUCUCUGCCUUCAGCUACGAUUUGAGAGCUGUCCUUUUUCUUGAAGUCUAUUUUAGCAUAUAUGAGGCAGAAUGCUAUUGACAAUACAUAGAUGGAAUACUAAUCCUCAAAAAACAACUUAUAACAAGAACAAGUUCCCAAAGAUUCUGUUCUUACAUGCAUAUGUUGUGGACUUUUCCAGCAGCACAUAUGUUUUGAGACAGAAUAUUUAGAGAAGGCAAUGUAAUUACUGGUAAAAGAAUUGCAUUAUGCUCCAAAUUAGCUCGAUUAAAUACUCCAGAUGGGAAACAAUAAGACAUUGUUAUAUAAAGAAUAUAUAUGCUAGCAGGAACUGCUUACCAGGCAUUGGGAAACUGCUCAAGAAAUACUUGUUGAACUGCAGUACCGAAUGUUGGGGUGCUGCCUCUCAAUUGCAGUGUUUAGGUAAUCAAAAUAAAGAGCAUUUUUACAAUGUGGCAAAGUUUUGUUCACUGUACAGUAUAAGCACAAAUGCCUGAUACCUUCCAGCAGCUUAAGUUUACAGCUGGCUGGGGCCAAUGGGAGCUUCCACCCAGAACAACUGGAGGGUGCCAAGUCAGAGAAGGCUGCUCCAACUUACUAGGGCUACAACAUAUUGGAUGUUUUUCUCCAUUGAGAUAAACUAUGCGUAGAAACAAGCAAGGGUGUGUAUGACGAACAGGCAUCCCAUGCUCUGAUGCCUGAUCUCUGUACUCAUGGCAAAACAAACUUCCACACCUCACUUAAUAAUGCAGUGCUGUUCAUUAUUUUUCCCAUAGGGAAAUUGUAUUUAAAAAAGAAAAAUGUCACACAUGAAGAAACCUUUGGGUUCCAUGACUUGGUGAUGGAUGUGCCAAUAUUUAGUUCUAUAGCCCUAGGUUUCUGCACUCAAAUUUGUUGAAGGGUUCCUGUUCAAAGCUCAUAGUUCAACUUCAGCUGAAUAGUAUUUCUUAGCUUUGGAUGCUAAAAUGUCAAGUGAUUUAGAUGUAUCUUUAAAAAAAAGAUGUUUCUAAGAAACAAACACUUGUUUUUUUUCCUAAAACCAGACAGCUUUGUGAAUUUUUGCAAAAUGAUCCAUUCUCCUUCUUUGUGUUUGUAAAGUUCAUGCGAAUAUGUCUACUGUUAGCAUUGAUUAAAGUGAAAGGUUUAAACUGAGGUGUUGUACAGUUUAAUGCUUAGUUUAGUUUAUCCUCUGAAUGUUGGAUCUGAUAAGAGGCUGAGGUUUGUUCUGUAUUGCAUGCUUGUUACAAUUUGCUGGCAUUUAGAAAGCACUUCAGCUGAGUGUGGCGAACCCCCCUUAACUACCGCAUUGGCCCGAAUAUAACCUGCACUUUCCCCCCAAAUUCCGAUCAUGAAAAGUUAAAGUGCGGCUUAUAUGUCACAAAGAGGUGCCAGCUUGUGUGGGUGAUUGGGGGGACAAUGUCGUGCAUGGCACAAUGUCCUGACGUCAGGAGGAGCUGGGGCAGAGCUGAAUGUGGUGGCCACACGGCUUCAAUGGCCAGCGGCUCCUCCUCUGCCUCCUCCUGGUGCUGCCACCAGCAGGAUGUUCCUUCCCCCUCCUUCCCCCUUGUGAAAGGAGGAGAAGGAGCUGGCCACCAGUGCCACACUCAGAUCUGCUCUCUUCCUCCUCUGCUGAGCUGGCGUGACAUGCAUACAUACAUACAUACAUACAUACAUUGACCUACCUGCUUGGAGAUAUUUUACAGCAGUUUUUCACUAUAUUUGAACAUGGCAAUUCAGGUCUGCUUCUCAUGUUUUCAUUUCUGACUAUGCUUUCUUAAGACAAAUGUCAAGGAGGGUGUUCAUUAUCCUUGCAGUUUAGGAAUAUUCAAACUUGUCUAGGAUUAGGGCAGACAUGUACUUCAUAAGCUUCAAAGGAGUUGGUUGGUCAGAUAUGUCGGUCAGAAAUACAUCUGACCAAUCACAAGUAUAAAUGAUACUCGUGUUUUGAAUGUCUUAAGAAUGUGCAUUCAGUGAUGAAAAACAGAAACUUACCAAAUAAAAUACUCCUAGUUCAUUAUAUCUGUAAGAAACAGCACAAAGCAAUCUUCAUGUGAUCUUCCUCGCAAUAUAAAAUUAUUUGGCUGGAUUUGAUCACUAUACAGGAUAACAAAUGUGACUUUGCAUAAAUGAGACCACUAAGCAUACAUUAAAAAAUAUGUCUUCUGUUUUUGUAAACUGAACCUCUCUUCCAUUGUAGCUUCCCUUUUUAAAAAUUUCAUCUGUUUCAGUGUAAAAUUUCUAAAACCAACAAAAACAAAAUUGGAUGGAGGUAGAUAAAAUGUGCAUUUGUACAAGUAGCAAAUGAAUUAUAUGCCCUUCACAUCAACUGACUGUAGUGCAAAAGUCUAGAAUGGGAUAAAUGUUCCAUAGCUAUCCCUGUGUGUGCAUGCAUCAAUCAAUAAAAGCAACAUACAUUUCCAUGUUUAGUUAAUAGUAAUAAAGCUAAAGGUUUACCUUUUUUUUUUUAACCUAAUAGUAAUAUUUGUGCCCUGCUUUUCUUUUAAAUAAUAACCAAAAGUGGGUGGUAUGCAAACAUGUUGCUGUCAGAGAUGGUUAGAAUAAGAUGAUUAGUAGGACAGUAGUACCUCAGGUUAAGAACUUAAUUUGUUCUGGAGGUCUGUUCUUAACCUGAAAUUGUUCUUAACCUGAAGCACCACUUUAGCUAAUGGGGCCUCCUGCUGCUGCUGCGCCGCCGGAGCACGAUUUCUGUUCUCAUCCUGAAGCAAAGGUCUUAACCCGAGGUAAUAUUUCUGGGUUAGCGGAGUCUGUAACCAGAAGCGUAUGUAACCCGAGGUACCACUGUAUAUAUUUUCUUUGACUAGGGUUUUGUAAAGCAAUUAAGAAUAACGUGAUAAACGUAUUCUCUUCUCUCUCUCCCCCCAUCCCCAUUUCUCCUUAUCCCACAGCUAAUGCAGAAGAGGAUGUAGCCGUCCUGGAAGAUGAUGAUAAAGACAAUCCUGAACCUGUGCUGUGUAAACAAGGAUGGCCUAAAGGCGUGAAGCAAUGUCCAUCCAAAUGGAGACAAAACAAAGAGAGAAAACCAGGUUUUAAACUUAAUUUGUACACUCCACCUGAGACUCCUAUGGAGCCUGACUAUCAGGCCUUGGGAGAGGAAUUGAAAGAGAUAGCUGAAAACAACGCAUGCCAGGCGUCUGCUGUUACAGAGGAGGUUAAGAACACUGAAAGCAUUCUUCCACAAGAGGACGAAGUGAGAGAUGCGGUAUCUGAGUAUCUGGAGCUGCCCAAGACAGAACAAGCAGAAAACGAUUUAGCAGAAGUAGAAGAAAACAACAUAGUAGAAGAAAUGGAAAGUGUGGAUAAUCAAGAUAAAGACCUGCAAGAGGAAACGGAAAUGGAUAAAGAGGAGCCUGAGCAUUUAGAAGAGCAGGAGGAGGAAGAAGAAGAAGAGGAGGAGGAGGAGCAAUCUCGCAAUGAGGAUCAUGAUGCUGAUGAUGAGGAUGAGAGUCACAUGGGUCCAACGGAAGUAGAAACUCAGGAGGAAGUACCAGCAGAAGCUCUCAAAGAUGUACUUGGGAAUGAGGAGCCUUUUUUAGACCCAAGUGAACAGAGUGGUAAAUCAAACCAGGAAGACUUAAUGGACUGUGGCGUUGACCUUGCAGCCGAAUGUGACAGCGAGCACAAAGAGCUUCCUGCUAUUCCAGAGCCUGUGCCUGAGUCAGGUAGUGAAAAUACAGAAAAGAAAAACCAAACUGACCGUAAUGAACUGAAUUCUGCAUUCAAGGACACAAAUGCUGAAACCAUGGAGAUAGACUCUGAGACAGUGGAGGCAGUGAAGUCUCUAACGCAGGAAACAACAGAACAGGAAGAUGCAUUCCAGGAUUGUGUAGAGACUCAAGAGGCAUGUCGAAGCCUGCAGACUUACGCCAAUACUGACCAAAGCCCACAGAUGACCACACUGGAUGACUGCCAGCAGUCUGAUCACAGUAGCCCUGUCUCAUCCGUCCAGUCCCAUCCCAGCCAGUCAGUUCGUUCUGUUAAUAGUCCAAAUGUGCCUCCAUUAGAAACCAGUUAUGCUCAAAUCAGCCCCGAUCAAAGUGCGAUCUCUGUGCCCUCUUUGCAGAACAUGGAAACUAGUCCAAUGAUGGACGUUCCUUCUGUUUCCGACCAUUCGCAGCAAGUCGUCGAUAGUGGAUUUAGCGACCUGGGUAGCAUUGAGAGCACAACCGAAAACUAUGAAAACCCAAGCAGCUAUGACUCUACAAUGGGCAACAGCAUCUGUGGGAACAACAACUCGCAAAACAGCUGUUCGUACAGCAACCUCACGUCUAGCAACAUGACUCAGAGUAGUUGUGCGGUGACCCAACAGAUGUCUAACGUGAAUGGAAGCUGUAGCAUGAUGCAGAACGCCAGCAUCAACUCUCCCCCUCCUUGCAAUGUGAAGUCGCCUCAAGGCUGCGUUGUCGAAAGGCCCCCGAGCAGCAACCAGCAGCUUGCGCAGUGCAGCAUGGCUGCUAACUUCAGCCCACCUAUGCAGUUAAAUGAAAUCACAGAGACUGGCAAUGCCAACCUUGGCUUGUAUGAAAGAAUGGGUCAGAGUGAGUUUGCAGCAGGGCAUUACCCACAACCGUCGGCCACCUUCAGCCUUGCCAAAUUGCAGCAGUUAACCAACACACUUAUGGACCAUUCGUUGCCUUACAGCCACUCAGCUGCUGUCACUUCCUAUGCAAAUAGUGCCUCUUUGUCUACUCCUCUCAGUAGCACAGGACUCGUUCAGCUUUCUCAGUCUCCUCACCCAGUUCCAGGGGGAGGCCAGGUCCAGACCACGAUGACUCCGCCCCCUAACCUCACUCCGCCUCCCAUGAAUUUGCCGCCACCCCUCUUGCAGCGCAACAUGGCCACAUCCAAUAUUGGCCUGUCCCAUGCCCAAAGACUGCAAACGCAGAUGCCUGGCAAGGGCCAUGUUUCGGUUAGGACUAAGUCGGCCGCUUUGCCGUCGGCUGCAGCGGCAGCAGCUCACCAGCCGCAGAUUUAUGGGCGAUCCUCGCAGACAGUGACCAUGCAAGGGCCUGCACGCACCUUAACCAUGCAGCGUGGCAUGAACAUGAGUGUGAACUUGAUGCCAGCUCCGGCUUACAAUGUCAGUUCCGUAAACAUGAACAUGAAUCCCCUUAACGCUAUGAAUGGGUUUAGUAUGUCCCAGCCGAUGAUGAAUGGAGCCUAUCAUGCAAACCACGGUUAUAUGAAUCAAACAGCCCAGUACCCAAUGCAGAUGCAAAUGGGAAUGAUGGGAAGCCAGCCAUAUGCCCAGCAGUCAAUGCAGACUAACCCCCACAGCAACAUGAUGUAUACCCCGCCAGCACAUCAUGGUUACAUGAACAGCGGCAUGUCUAAACAGUCUCUGAAUAGCUCUUACAUGCGUAGGUAGGAUCUGGGGGGAGCGGGGAGGGGAGACGGUUGGUGUACCAAACUGGCAUGCUAGGAUUUGACCGGCACAAAAAUAUGUCCUUUUGGAGAAUACGAUUUCAAAACCAGCAAUUGGUGUGAAUGCAAAAACAUUUGUAGGCACCAUAAAAAAAACUGUAUGCAGCGAAAGGCCUUAUAUAAAUGUGUUCUCGUUUUAUUUGUUUUGUAAUUUCGCUUUGUUUGCUCUUUUUUUUUUUUUGCGUAACUGAAGUUCUGUGAUGAUGAAGAACUUCGUCAUUGUACUGCAAACACGCGAAACAAGCUGAUGGUUCACAGCCAAGUUUUAUGUGCCUGCUCCCAUUUGAAACGUGGAUCAUAGUUUUGGAGUAUAUCUGAUGUCGUGCUGGACUGUGAGCUUUCCUCCUGUUCUGUCCUUCCCCUCCCCAUCUCCUCCACCAUGUAAAUGCCUUUUUGCAUUGCAUUCAUGGACUAUUUUGUUCCUCAAGGUGACACUUUCGCAUGCCGCUAAUGUCUUUGUUAGUGACAGUGCGUUUCGUAGUACUGUACAAGUGUUGUGCUUAACAGUAAGCCAUUUCUUAAUUUGUGAUUCCCCCCCCCUCCUUGAUUAGGUUACCCCAGUUUAAGGGGUGUAAAAAAUUAUAUUUUUGUUAAUUAUAUUUUUUAAAUCUUGUUUUAAAAAAGCUGUGAAAGUUAUUCCAGUAUUGAGUCAAACAUUUUAAGUGCAACCCACUGGGAAAUUCUCGCGUGUCAGCUGUGCUCUUGCACAAAUAUGGUUAAUUUCUAUGGGUCUGGCACAGAAGAGAGUGCCCUGGUGGAUUGCAUCCUUGAUUGGUAAAUAUUUGAUGUAAAAGUGAGCCCUGUUUUUGUUCUGGUGGCAGAUCCCCUCUGGAGUAGGGGGAAAAGGCAGCUUACUGUUUUGUUUUUUUAAUACAAACCUUAUUGAUUAAAGCAUAUCAGUGUUUAUCAAGUUUUUGAAACAUUUUCAUAUAUGUCCAGAUACUUGGCAGGAUUAAAAAAAAAGUGAAUUUGGUGUAAAGUUGCUAUUUUAUGGAAAUGCCUCUAACUUUACAUUUUCAUUCCAUCUGUAGAUUUUUCUAUCUUUAUAAAAUAUUGGAGUUAUUUUUUAAGAAAAGUAAAUAGAGCAGUAGCGUGUGAAUAGAACAAAUGAAGCUUCAAGAGCGCAUGUAUAAAAAAAAAAAAAACACCAGAAGGUAUUUGUGUCUGUUUAUAUGGCUUCCUUUUUUUGUAGCCUUUGUACCUGUACAGAGUGACUGUAAGGGCCAAAAAGUGGCUUGAUUCAUGUAUAAAACUAGACCCAGUGACACUAUUUAUGUUACCUUUUUAGCCAGUCACUUAAAUAAAGCAAAGACAAGCUGUACAUUUUAACAUAAAAUAAAUUAUGAUGAGCCAUUUUUAGCCUCUUGUGCUCUUGUCUGCCGUGCAUAGAGACCGAUGAGCCACAUUGUCAAUUCUUCUUGGUUGCAGGGUGCGGCUCACAAGACAGGGGAAUCCUGCAAGCAUCCUUGUUUUCGGAGGUCUUCUGUUGCUUUGUCGGUAUAUCUCUCGAUGCCUAAUGUUGCCCACUGCAAGGAAAGUGAAGAGUUUUAAAAUCUGAAUUGACCAGAAUAUUUUAUUAAAUAUCAUAGACUGCAGUAGAAAGCUUGAGUGAUUGUCAACAGUUGUGCUGAUCAUGUGUUAGUGGAGGGGAAGGAGAAGUGGAGGAUUCAGUCUCCCCCUCCUCUUCCCCCCCCCCCAAAACACACACACAUAUAUUUGGUUCAAUUGUAUAUUCCACUCCUGGAUCAGUUGGGAAAUGUGCAUGCAUCUUUGCAUUUAUGCAUUCCCUCAUUCGGCUAGAAAUACUCAUCUGCUUUUGCAGGCAUAUUGCCUUACAGGGGAAAGAAUGAUUUAAAAAAUAAUGCGCCUUUCUUAAGUGUAUCUGACAUGUCCGGUAAGGAGUCUGGAACACGGUACCCUAGGAGGCCCCGAGUCUGAUCUGCAGAUCCAUGGGGAACCAGCCUCGCAUAUCAAGAUCCCAGUGCAUCCGUCAUCAUAGGUUGCUCCAUAACAGCUAUGAACUUUUCCCAGAUGGUUUACAGGGAUGGUUACUUGAGUCCACCGGAUUGACUGCAAUCCCAACAGGUUAAGGUUAUGUGUGCCCUUCUAAUGGUGAAGUGUAUUGUUCCUCUGUGGACCUGACAGUAUCUCUGCUGAUAAUGGAGUCCAGGCCUGCCCUCCUCCUCUGCUUCUUCUCUGCUUCUGAACCCUGGUGUUGGUACCUCCACACCACUUUCAACCAUGCCCUAUUCACUUCGUUUGUAGCCAGUGCUUUGGCAGAAAUGCAAGCUAGCUGUGCUGGUCCCGGGGAGUAACCAUGCGGCGUGGUCCGAGUCCAGUCCGAGGUCGAGGGUGUGGUAUGGAGGCUGUCCGUCAAGGCUGAAGCGGGGUCCAAGGCAAGGAUUCGGGUGAGGUCAGGAACUCUGGCAGAAGAGCAGGACAGGGUGCCGGCAGGAACAGGUUACCAACAAUGUUGCUCCUGAAACCUGGGACUGGGAUGGCUGGCUUUUAUCUGCCCUGAGGCAUAGGGCAGCCCCGGUCCACAGGUGACUCGCCUCUCCUUGCCUGGAGGCGAGCACUCCUCCUGCGAGAACUUAGUUCCCUCCGCCUCUCUGCCCUGAGCAUCUGCAGCUCAGGAGAGGAUAAAGGGUUACUGGACCCAGAGGCAACCUCACCUUCCCCUGACGGGGCUGAGAGUGGAGCACCUGCAGGCAAUGGGUCCUCGAUCACCUCCGGAGCCAGAGCGGAUUCAGCUGGUGUCUGCUCCUGAGGAUCCGGCACAGGUGAGGGCCCUUCAGAUUCAAGCCCCUGCCCUCGCUCAGCCGGCCCUGGAGGCGGGGACUCCUGUGCAGGCUGGGAUUCCUCAGGUUCAGCCUCUGAAUCCGAUUCCCAGGCCAUCACACUAGCCUUGAGCAGUGUAGUGUCUCCUGAUUAUUAAAAAUUGAAUUGAUGCUUACAAAGCUUUUAAACAUGACUCGAAAAGCCCAACAGAACUGGCAGCCGUGUCAAGUAAGUGAAAUGGUUUUGUGUUCCUUUCCUCUGUGGCUCAGCAGUUUCGUGGGACCUGUGUGUAGUUGUGGUAACUGCAGGAUACACAAAGCAAGUAGGCCACAGCUGGUUUAUGCAGCUUCCAGAGAAUUGUCUCAAGAUAGCAGCGCCUUUGUUCUCCCCGUCUCCCUUGUUCCAACCAUUUGCUAAACCGGAGAGUUUUUAUUUGGGGGGGGGGGCAACUGAACAUUAAUGUAACCAGUGGGGGAAGGGGCAAACCUAGGAACUGAGAAUUAGGUGCAGCCAGAAGACUAAUUAGGGAUUUGAGAAUAAAAGAAUGGGGAAAUGGAGUGUACAAAUAAAAAUCACCAGGGAAGGAAGUUCUGGGCUGGGCUGAUGGUGGCAACAGGAAGAAGUUGUAGGUCCAUAGCUCACGGCAAUACACAUUUUGACAGGCAGCUCUUAAGUUAGGGAACUUUAACCACUGUUGAUUUUUUUCAAAUUCCAAACAAGUGCUGUGGCUGGGGGAAGGGGAAUAGUUGGGUUGGCACUCACGUUGGGUUUAACAAUUUUGCUGUUGGGGGGGGGAUGUAAUUAAUUGGAAAUGCUACUUCAAAUUCUUGCAGAGAUGUAUUUGUAAUAAAAUAUCAGAAGAUUUCUUUUUUAUAGCACUUGCUCUGACACUUUGCAACUUUGUUUUGACUUUAAAAAGAAGAGAAAAGCCUACAGGCAAUGGAAUGGAUUGUUGAUAUGCUUAAAUGCUUACUGCAAAAUGUAAUAAAGCUGAUUUUGGUGGGUGUCGCUUGUUGUAAAGUUAGGGAUUCCCCCUUCUCCCCCUCUUGUGUUGAAGCUGUAUACAAACACUCUUUGCUUUCAAAAUGGCCCUACAUAGAGUGUGUUUUUGCAUGCCUGCAGUCUCCGAAUGCAAAUAUAAAAUGGAGUAUUUUCCUUUUGAAGCAGCUGUGACUGAUGGAACUGCUAGAUGUGGGGAAAAUAUGUACUAUUGCUCAGCAGUACACAUCAAGCAAAUUUAUGCAGCAGCAAGAAAACAUGCAUAUCCAUUUUGAGUGAUGGAUCCUGAUAUUCUGUGUUGAAGUGCCACAAGUCCCAGACAAAGCGUCAAUGUGGUCUGUCAUUGUCUUGCACAGCAAGCAGAGCCCAAGAAACAUAUUCCUAAUAAAUCAAAAUUAGGCUUUUUUAAAAAACAAACAAACACUGCAAUUUUGGAUUCUCUUGUGCUUCUACAACAGAUGUGUGUUAUUUGAAGCUCUGGGUACACUUUGGUGGCAAACUCUUGCAUGAGUUCUAUAAAUGAAUGGGAGCUGAGCAGGAACAUAGUUUACAGUGUUGAAUAGAAAUCAUUCUUUGCAGCUGAAAGAAAAAUGCCUUUUUCUCUUAAGGUGGGGGGGGGGACUUAAAAUACCAGAUACUUUGUCUUGAGCCCUAUUAUGAAUGGAAAAUUCCUCUACCGUUUAGGAGACAUUUUUCUAGCUGUCUGCUAAACUGUGGUCAGUAUUUAUUUGUUCAAAGGGUCUUAGCAAUUAUUUCGUCUUUCAACCAAGAUUUAUUUGGUAAAGGUUUGCGGUUCUGAACACAGGAAUCAAAGAUCAGCUUGAGUGUUGCAGCCUGACUUGGGGUUCAGGAAAUUCCACUGCAGAAACCCCCCCUGGCCAUUUCACACUCCUGUGGCAUCACAUCAUACAGAGGCAACCCAAUGUUUAAGUCUCCCUGCAACAUGGCCAGUCAUAGCUCCUCUAUCAGGGUACCUGUAAGAUAAUAUUUCCAAGAGCAUGCUUUUGAUGCAUUUACACUUCACAGCUUUAAAAAUGUACUUUAAUGUAUGAAAGGAUCCUUUGGUUGAUGAAUGCCUUGCAAGAUUCUGCUGAAUCAUUACUUGAAGUCAGCCUCUUUUGCAAAGUUGCAUCAGCCGUCGGAGGCAAAAUGAGCAGGUGAAAGUUUUUGUUGCAGGAAAAUUGCCAGAGAAAACCGAGGCAUAAAGUUCAAAGAGUUCUUGUUAAUAGGGAAAAUAGGUGGGGGAGAAAUGUAUGUGUAAUUAAUGUUGAAAUGUAAAGACGUUGCCUGUCUUAACAAUGCUUGGCAAAAGUUUUUCUCGUUUCCUCAUUCUUGGACCCUGGUCACUAAGAGAAGUAUUUCAAUAAGGGGGAUCUAGAAACUUGGAUUAUUAUUAUUAUUCCAUUUUAUUGGCUCUACCCCAUGACCUAGACGUGAGCCUCCCUAGUACCUUGUGUUGUUCAUAUUGCUAGAAGCAUCAGACCCUUAUAUGGCACAGAUUGGUCCUUAAUCAUUGGCUGGACUUGCUUAACUUACGCCAAAGUGCAAUUGUUGUUUCCCAGAAUGAAAGGUGGUACAUCAUGGAUGGAGGUGCUGGCUGUGUUCAUCACAGCUUUUAGUAUUUCAGCUCUCAUGCUGAUAAGAGUUACUGAGCUUUCCCUGCCAAGGUCCCUCAUUUCCCUACCUUUGCGGGGGGGGGGGGAGACCCCCUUCACAGAGCACUUAGUACCAUGAAGUGAAACAAAUUGCCCUGCCUGCUAACAGGUGAAUAACACUUUAGCACUGUUUAGUCCUUUUUUGAUUAACUCUGAUAUAUGAGAACCCAAAGACCUGUAAAUGACAUAAGCAGCUGUUAAAGAGAGCCUUAAUUGCUUGGGGUGCAGGGAGAGUUGUACACACAUUGGAAGAAACGGAGACUAGGUUCACAUAUACCAUACUUUUUGCCACGUAAUUUGUUUUUUGGGUGUGUGUGUGUGUUUUUAAGUGUGGCUCCUAGAGGACCUCUCUGUGACCAGCUCAGCUGCCUUCCCCAUCCUUCAGGAUUAUGAAAUUCACUGUUAUGACCUAACAAUACUUCAAACUUCAGCAGCAAUUACAGUGGUACCUCGGGUUACAUACACUUCAGGUUACAGACUCCGCUAACCCAGAAAUAGUACCUCGGGUUAAGAACUUUGCUUCAGGAUGAGAACAGAAAUCGUGCUCCGGCGUCGCAGCGGCAGCAGGAGGCCCCAUUAGCUAAAGUGGUGCUUCAGGUUCAGAACAGUUUCAGGUUAAAAGUACGGACCUCUGGAACGAAUUAAGUACUUAACCCGAGAUACCACUGUACUGAUCUCUCUGUCUCUGAUAGUACCAGUCGAAAGUGAUGCCUGGUAUCAAUAGCCAUGUUCCUACCCUUUCAGCAAUGUCAGGCCAGAAUACAUGGUGCAUAUAAAUCAUAUUUUUAAGGAAGCUACACUAAAUUCGAAUGGUAGGAGGAUCAAUGACUAAGUGAAGGUCAUAGUAGACAGAAGCAAUACCUUUUGUAUGGAGAGAGGGCCUUGGUGUAAUGUGAAGAUCUCUUCAUGAAGAUGUGGAAUAAAAGUGGAGGAGACUUGAGUUUUACCGUAGAUCUUGCAAACCCUUCAGAGGAUGUUAAGCUUGGUUUUAUAAGAAGCUGUUUUCUGGGAGAUGUUCUGGAUUUAAUUUGAAGCUUCCAGCCUUGCAGAUGCUGGACAGCUGGUUAGAGAAGACCUCUGGAGUAGUGGUUGUUCAGAUGGGUUUGUUUAAAUCUGAGGUGGUCAACAUGGUAUUCUCUGGAUAUUGUUUGACUACAACUCCCAUCAUCCCUGACCAGUGGUCAUGUAGGCUGGGGCUGAUUGAUUAACAUCCACCAUCAUCUGGAGGACACUAAAUUGGUGCCCCAAUCCAGAUACGUUGUCGCUUCGUUGAAGGCUGAAGCCAAGAGAAGUGGUUGGAAUUAUAAACUCUGCUUGGGCAUAUAUUGUGUUCCAUUGUGGAAUAUGUGUUUCAGAACUGGAAGAUAAAAGGUUCUGUUAGUGUUAUCAGCAGCCACGUGCAGGGUUGAAGUCACUCCAACAGUUGUGGAUGUGAGUCUAACACACAUAUUUAGGCUGCCUUGGUUUCUACAACUACAGUACUAUCAAAACUGGCACUGGGAAGGAAACACAAUGGAUGUACAACUUUUGCAAUGGGCUCUAAACUUUUCCUCCAAAGAGGGCAUUGUAGAAACAACAUCAUUGUGCUCCUAGUACUUGAAAUGAGAGUUUGCGCCCUCCUGUGUCCCUGUUGGGGUGGAGGACCAGUUAGGGUAAAGAUGUAUGUGGACAGCUUCUGUCAAAUUUGUGCUGGGCUUUAUCCAGUGACUUCGGUCCCUCUGCUAAUGACCUUAAUGGCCACUGCGACAUAGCUUUACCCUGACCAGGAUAGGCAUAGUCUCUGAACAUUUCAUUCCCAUUGUCUUUCCAUACAGAUGAUGGCAGGCAACACAGCCCACUAUGUUCCUGGUUUGAUGAUAAGAUGUAUGCUAAGGUGCUUGUGAUAAUGCAGAGAGAAAGCGAUUUGCCAAGAGGCUUUUAA